AAUAAAUUUCUCUUUGUUAAAGCCAUCCACUUGUAGUAUUUAUGUUAUAAUAAAAAAAAAACCAUUGUCGUUGAGUGAAUUCCAACUCAUAGUGACCCUAUAGGAUAGAAUAGAACUGCCCUGUAGGAAUUCCAAGGAGUGCCUGGUAUAUUUGAACCGCCGGCUUUUUGGUUAGUAGCCAUAGCUCUUAACCACUACGCAGCACUAAAUAAGAUAGUAAUCAUUAAGUCUUUUUUUAUUUUUAAUAUUCAUGGUGAGUUCUAAUACUAAAUUUGACAGAUUAUGUGAAGAAAAUCUAGAAGGUUCAUUGGACAGUAAAUUUUUUUUUUUUUUUUUUUUAUGUCUUCCAUGAUCAGGCAUUCUCAUAUUCUGGAGGCUAUCAUAGCCAAAUGUAUAUGUAUAUAUGUACUCCUUGUUUUAAUCCAGGGCUUCAAACCCAGUUCCUUCAGGUUCAAACCCCUGCUGAGAAUUUGCAUUUCUAACAAGUUUCCUUUUUUAGGGUUUGCAUUUCUAACAAGCGCCCAGUAAGUUAUGCAGAAGAAUCACCUGGGAAUCUUGUUAAAAUGUAGAUUCUGAUUCAGUAUAUCUAGGAUGGAAAUGUAAAUUCUCAGCAGGGAACUCAUUAGAAAUGCAGUUCUCAGCAGGGGCUUGAACUAAAUGGACAGGUUCUGAAGCUCUGUUUUAAUCUUUAUUUACCAGUCUUCAUUUACCUAGAGAAUUCAGUAUGCUAAUUUGAAGACAGGUUCUACCCUCUUCAUACCAUCCAAUUUAAAUAAUGGAUUUAUCAUAAUAGAUACAGUGUCUUGAGAUCUAUUGAAAGUCAAGUAACAAACACCUUUAGGUAAUGAAACUACAUAAAAAUAUGUAGUUACCUAAAAUCUGCAUCGUGAAAAUGAGUCAUCAUUUAGUUAAAAAUAAGUUUCCUUAAAUUACACCAUUUCACACAGUGUCAUCCUUCAGGAUAAUGUAUUUUUAGAUGCAAAAUGCAUUUUUGUUUUACCAGGAAUCAAACAUUUUUAAAAAAUAUACAGGCCAAAAUACAGGUUUUAGUUUUUACAGGUAAAACUUCCAUGGUUUGGUGUGUAUUUAAAAAGUAUUUUUCCAAAUAUGUAUGUUAUGUAGCACAAAGAAAAAUACCAGAUCCUUUACUGUGAUUUAUUUAGGCUUAAUAUUAUAGAUUUUGUGCCUUCCCCUCCCCUCCCCAGGUGGGGACAUAACUUAUAUACUGACCAAGGGUUUGAUUGAGUGGUCAGUUGAAUACUUUUAGAUUUAAUAUAUCACUUUAGUUCUGUAAGGGAGACAUGAAUUAAUUGUUGUGUGAAAACAGAAUAAAAUGCACUUGAUUGUCCCUGAUAAUGAAAACAUUACUUUUCAUGACAGGUUCCUAUAUUAUGAAUGCAUCAGAUUUACUUAUUAACUCGAAAGUUUUAUCAUUUCAAGUUUUCAUAACCUGUGAAAGCUAAAUCAGUUGGAUCUGAUUGGGGGUCAUGUUUCCUUUUACUAGUGAUAAAUGUUUAUAUAUGCUUUCUGCAAGUUUUCUAAACCACACUGAUUUGUUUGAGAAAUACAUAUUUCCGUAUGUAUUUUAAUGUUCUCAGAUUAUGCAUAUGCAUCUGUGAAGUUUACCCUUUGAACAAAAAUGGCAUAGGUGAUGAAAUGAAGUGAUAAACGGCUGGAAUGAAUACCCCAUCUAGGCUUCUUUUCAAAUUCAGGGGCUUGGGUCUCUCCCACUGAGCUGGCCAAGAAGCCUCACCAUAGCCUGUAUUCCUUAGAAGUGUGAGAUUGUCACUGAUAAUUUUCUAUUGCUCUGUGCUAAGAGACCCCUACUGUGGUGAUGGAGUCAGUUUAGAGAGAAAAAGAUCAGUGUUGUCUUUAUUUUAGAUUUACUGUUUUUUGGGGUAUAGGUAAAUCAGACUGCCCUUUUUUUUUCUUUCUUUUAAGAAUGGAUAGAUGGAAGGAGGGGUUUGUUGUCAAUCAAUCAAGUCAGGUCAAGUGCCACAGCGUUUGAUGAAUGUGGAUGGCUUUAGGAGAUCUAUAGAUGAUAUUUGAAGGGGUAAAAGAGGAGGGGGCAUAGGAAUAGAAUUUUUACAUCAGUAUAUGUCAGUAACGAUUUGGAAAUAAUCAUGAGUAGCUAGGAGAAUGAUGACCUCCUCCUUCCCCCAGACUCUGUUAUAAGGAAUAAAGGCUUCCUGUAGAGAGGGCCACAUGAGAAAAAUGUCUUCUGGGUUUCUAUUAAGGCAAAGAAGUCCUUAGAUGGAGCAUUCUGUGAAGACAAUGAGGCGUAGGAAAUUCUUAAUUAAUAUAACAGCAGUAAUAGAGGCACAGUAGAAAAGCUAUGAGGGAAGGAAUUAUUGAAAAGGUGGCUCAGUGAAGAAGAAACCCAGUGUAGAAUGCGAGAAUGCGUCAAGUAAGGAAGACUAUCCUAUUGCUGUCGAUUCCGACUCAUAGCAACCCUGUAGGGCAAGGUAAAACAGCUUGUAAUCUUUAUGGGAGCGAGCUGCUACGUCUUUCUCCCAGGGAGUGGCUGGUGAGUUCGAAUCGCUGACCUUUCUGUUAGCAGUCGAGGGCUUAACUAGUGCGCCACCAGGGCUGAUUACUGUAAGAAAAGGGUUUCAUUUCAGGGAGUGAGCAAAGGUAAACAGGGUUGUAGGGCAUACUAGGAUAAGCUAGGACUUGAAGACUUAGUGGUAUGUAUAUAAAAUCAAACCAAACCCAUGGCCCUGGAGUCAAUUCUGACUUAUAGCGACCCUACAGGAUAGAGUAGAACUGCCCCAUAAGGUUUCCAACGAGCACCUGGUGAAUUCAAACUGCCGAACUUUUGGUUAGCAGCCAUAGCGCUUAACCAUUAUGCCACAAGAGUUUCCGAUAGAUACAUCUUUAAAUCAGAGACACAGGUAAAAAUUGGUUUACUCUGAAACCAAAAUGUGGGUCUAAAAUCCUACCUACUAUACCUUUCUUCCUUGUCUAACCUACAUUCCAUGGCCCAUCUUACCAAAAGCACUAGACUGGGCUAAGAAAAAUGGAAAUAAUUAUCCUGAAAGUACUUAGAGCAUCAGGCUAUUUGAACAGUUUUCAUCCUUAACUAUUUCAGUAUGUUUAUCUAAAAACAAAAAGACAAAAUUUAAAAAUAACCACAAUACCAUUCAUUAUCAUACUUUAAAAAGGUAGACAUAGUCCUUAACUAUCAUGCAUCAGUCAGUUUUCAAAUUGCCUUAUAAGUUAGUUUUUUCUCCAUUUUUGUUUUGUUUUUUUGUAGUUUGAAUCAGUAUCUUAAGAAGAUCCAUAUACUGCAGUUGGCUGAUGUAUCCCCUAAAUGUUUCUGAAUCUGUAGGUUCUCCCUUUCCCUUUGCAGUUUGUUGAAGAGAGGUUCUCUAAGUUCUCAACAGUUUGGAUUUUGCUGGGUGUGUUCCUGUUGUGUUGUUUCAUGUUCCUCUGUCCCUCAGCAUUUUCUGUGAAUUGGUAGACUUGAUCCAGAGGCUUAAUCAGAUUCAAGUUUGAUUUUUUUUUUGGCAAGAAUAUUUCAUAAAUUGUUUUGUUUAUCAAGAGGUACAUGUUGACUGGUUGCCUUUUUUGCUGUGUAUGUCUCCUGAGAACCCAUCGAUGAUCAUUAAGGGUUGCUGAUAAAAGCCAAUACUCUAAUUCUUCCAUUUUCAUUUAUUAGCUGGAAAAAUUUUAUAAAGAGAAACACCCUCAUCAGUUAUUUGGUUCGCCCAAAGUAAAGUUGAUAAAAUUUGUUAAAAAUGUUUAUUCUUUUAAAAAGGAGGACAUACUUUUUGAAGAAAAUUUGGAAGAUAAAGAGAAAUAUGAAUUUUUUUUAAUUGCCACCUACAGGUAACCAGUGUUAAUAUUUUUCUGUAAGUUCCUUUCUGUUUUGUUUUUUUUUUUGUAGCACCAAAAUGAAAUUGUUGACAGAUAGAAACGCACACAUAAUAUGUACAUAUAUGCUGUACAUUGCCCCUUUCAUUUAAAACUAGAUUAAAACUUUUUCCUUUGUCAUUAAUAUUAUUUAUAUUUUAUUAUUCGUGCUUUCAUAAUUACUUAUUGUGGUGGUGCCUAAUUUAUUUACUGUUUCCUCUGUUUUUGGACAUUUCAGUUAUUUCUAGGUUUUUAUUUUCUUAAAUAAAUCUGUAGUAUCUUUUAGGAAUCACUUGUCUGCAAGGGGUAGAAUCCACUUCAGCUUAUUUAAUUUAUUAGAUGUCUACAGAAGUAUUUCAAGAGCAGGAAGUGCAGCUGGAAUUCAUAUGGAACUAGAAUACAAAAAAAAAAAAAAAAAAACCUAUUGCCUUUCAGUCAAUUCCGACUCAUAGCCACCCUAUAGGACAGAGUAAAACUGCCCCACAGAGUUCCCAAGGAGGGCCUGGUGGAUUCGGACUGCUGACCUUUUGGUUAGCAGCUGUAGCGCUUAACCAGUAGGCCACGAGGGCUUCCUGGACCUAGAAUCAGGAGCUAGAAAAUCAUUAGGAUUCUCUGUCUUGCGUGAGGUUGACAUUCACCUCUCAUUCUCUGUGAGCAUUCAGUUAUUCUCCCUCUCUCUCUCGGAAAUUGACUUACUCGGUUCUUCUUGCAAGUGGGUCUAACAUAGUCAUUCCCACUUUACGUCGCUUCGUGCUCCUGUACCCCUGUUCUGAAUCCUGUCUGGGAUGGAAACCCUGGCAAUCUGUUUGGCUCAGCCCAACCAGUGGAUUGGCUCCCUCUGGUGUCAGCCUACUCUGGCCACAGCAGGUACUCUGGCCAAGUGGUGAGAUUAUAUAACAUAAAAUGUAACUGAUAAGAACAUGGGGAAGAGGAAGGGAAGGUUGUUCUCAGAGAAGGGGAAUGUGGCUAGAGUUCUGUGAACCUUAUGGUAGGUUCAUAGAAGAGGAAUUAAUAGGCCACAGAAGGUGAAUAUUUUUCAUAUGGCUAAACUGUUUUCCAAAAGUGUUAUGUUUCAUUCCCACCAUUCAUUUAGUGCCUCAUACUGCCCAUCCUCCUAAAGCCUCACCAAAAUUAAUUCUUUGUAGAUAUUUUUCUAAUUUGACAAAAUAAAAUUGAUAGCUUAUUUGUAUUUUUUUAAUUACCAAUAAGGAUGCAUAUUUAUAUGUUCUUUUGGCUAUUUGUAUUUACUUAUCUAUGAAUUUCGUUUUCAUAUUCUUUCUCCAUUUUUAUAUUGGGGUCUUAGUAUUUUUCCCAUCAAUUUGUAUAAACGCAUUAUUGAUUAAGGCUAUAAACCAUUGGCUAAUAUCUGUAGCAACUAUUAUUUUCUUAGUUUAUUUCUUUUCCUUUACUUUUGUUUAUGAUGUAUUUUAAUGCAUGGAAAUUUAAAAUUUCUGUAGAGCAAAACUAGUCAGUUCUUUUUUCUUCCUCCCAUUAACUAUAAACUUACAAAAUUCUUUUCUAGAAAUCUGUUAAAUAUAUAUCUGUAGCUAAUUCUAGCCUGUUUUUUUUAUUUAAUGUUUUAAUUAAUCUAAAAUAUAUUAAGUUGUAUUUUAGCAGACAUUUUUCUAAAUAGCUGGGCAAUUUUCUCAGCGCGUUUGUUAAAUUGUUCUUUCCCCCAGUGAUUUCUGAUCAAUAUAAUUUUUAUUUGUUCUGCUAAUAGAUAUAUUAGUAUUGUACAAUCCUUGCAUUCCUGGAAUAGAUUUUACUUGACCUCGAUUAGUUAAGAAGUCCUUGAUAACUGGUAAAGUUGAUGAUUUCUGUUUUCUUUGUAUUUUCAGUAUUUUCCAGUUUUGUUUUUACAAAACAAAACACGUAUUCUUUAUAAUCAAGUAGAAAAAAAGUUUAAAAAAGAUAUCAGCUUAAACUAUAGGUAACAAAGCUUAGAUUUGAUAGAAGAAAGUUAUUCAGGUUGUUCAGUAUUUAAUCGUGUCAUCAGUAAAGAUCAAGACCAACGUCUACUCUGAAGGUCUUUAUAAAUACGUUUAAUCUUACAUGGGUUCUUAUUUUUGGAGUGGGUUAAAUGUUACUCCUUAAUUCAGUCAAUUUUUACUGAGCAUCUACCAUGUCCAAGACUUCAUUGGAGUAGAAUCCUUCCAGGCUUAAGUUUUCUUAAAUUGUUUAAAUUGCUCUUAUGGCUUUGAAUAUCUGUCUUCAUAUGUAAAUAUAGAUAAUAAAACUAUUCUCAAUGCUGUUAAAAUUGGUUUGUUGUUGUGUGCCGUCAAGCUGAUUCUGAUUCCGAUUCCUAGAAACUCUCCCUGUAUGACAGACUAGAACUGUCCCCAUAGGGUUUCCUAGGCUGUAGUCUCUAUGAGAGCAGAUCGUCUGGUUUUUUCUCCUGUGGAGCAGCUGGUGGAUUCAAACCACCACCAUUUCAAUUAGCAGCCAAGUGUUUAACCAGAGCUUCAUCAGGACUUCUCUAAAACUGGCUUACAUGUAAUUAAAUUUUAAAUACUGUAAUUGCCGAAAAAUUCACUUGGAAAUAGAUCAUGGAGGUAUGAAGUACAUGAUAUGAUAUAUAUAUAUGUUUAUAAAAAUGACAGUCUCAAAUGAAGAUUUCAGUAAAAUAAGACAGGUCAGAACUAUUGAUAAGAAUUGAGGACUGUCAAGAUUAAUAAUUGAUUAGACUGUUAGUUUCUCUCAUUAUAGUGAUUUUAUAAUAUGACAUUCUGUAUUGCAAAAAUUAAAUAUUUUAGAAAGUACUGUUCCCAGGAUGCAUUUAGAUUCAUUUAAAGACCCGUCUGAAAUGUUAUCUAGUUUUUUUAUUCAGUCCCCAUAUAAAUGUAUUAGCAUCAAAAUAGCUAGUGUGCAAAAAGUCAGGAGCCACUGGUAAUUAGCCAACUUAUUUGAUUGUAAAUAACAUCUAUAUAGUUGUUUUCUUAAUUUAUCCCACAAGUGUGGCCUUAGAAAGUAAAUAUUAUCUUCAUUAUACUGUUCUGGUUAGGAAAACAGGUCACAAAAACUAAAUGAUUGGUGGUUAACCCAGAUCACCCAUCAGAACUAGAACUAGUUUGAAAACUCAUGACACUUGAUUUUUAAGCAGAGUGAUAAAGGUAUUCCUGUCUUUCUGCUUUGUACUGCAGCCGGAUAUUAGUCUUAAAAUAGGCUGCAUGUAGCCUGAAGAUGAAAGUACUAUUGGCAGUGUAUCAGUCAGGAUAGGCUAUGAUGAGGUGGUGAGAAACAACCACAAAACCUCAGUGGUUUAAAACAACAAAGGUUUAUUUCUCACACUCCAUGCAUGUCCAUCAUGGUCAGGAGCAUCUCUGCUCAUAAUAGUCACUUAGGGACCUAAUGGAGCAGCCACCAUCUCAAUCAUUGCUGAUCACCAUGCUGGAAAGUCAAAAAAAAGAUCUCCGGAGGAUCUCGCAUCUGUACUUAAAUAUACCAGCCAAGAAAUCGCACAGUGAAUCAUAAAGAGACCAGGAAGUUAGUCUUCUGUGUGCCUAGGAGACAAGAACCACCUAUUGAUAAGCAGUACUGAUGACUGAAGGAGCCCUGGUGGUACAGUGGUUAAGCACUUGACUGAUAACCAAAAGGUUGGCCAUUCAAACCAACCAGCUGCUCCAUGGGAGAAAGGUGUGGCAAUCUGCUUUUUUAAAGUUGACAGCCUUAGAAAUCCUAUGAAACAGUUCUGCUGUGUCCUAUGGGGUCACUAUGAGUCAGAAUCUACUCGAUGUCAACGGACUUUGGUUUGACUGAUGACUGGCACAGUAAUAAUUCUGUUACUAGACUGCUGAUGGAUCUAUUCAUUCAUCCACUCACUCAUUUAUCUGUUCAUUUAUCAACUAUUUAUUGAAUGGCUACUGUGUGCAAGUCAGUAUACUACACAUUGGAAAGAUUAAAUGGGAUAAAACAUAUCCAUCCCUUCUCUCUAGGUUCUCACAGUUGAGUAGGGACAAAAGGCAAGUAAUUCUAUAUUAGAUAUCAGCAAACUAUGGCCCACAGGCCAAAUCUGGUCUGUAGUCUGUUUUUGUAUGGUCCUUAAGCUGAAAGUGUUUUGUUUUGUUUUUUACAUUUUUAAAGGGUUAAAAAGCAAACCAACAAAGAAUUGUAUGCAACAGGCUCAUAAAGCUAAAACAUUUACUAUCUGACCCUUUACAGAAGAAAGUUGGCCGACCCCUGUUUUAUAACAUCUAUACUUAAAUUUUAAGUUUCUCAGACAAAUUACCCUGCCUAGCCCAUUGCCAGGUAAAAGGUAUACAACCAUUCGGUAAGUUCUGGGUACCUCCAAGUAGUGUGUCUUUUUGAUCUGAUACUACAUUUCCGUGGAAAUAUCCAUCCUCGCCUUAGUGUUAGAAUGGUGAUUUUAUCAGCAUCUUGAGUGGUUUUGUUACUAGGCAGUGGAGAUAUGGGGUGCCUGUUCGAUUUGAUGCAUAGUUAGGUAGCCAUGAGAUAUUCAGACUCCUAAUAUGUCUAUAUACAAAUAUUAAAGAAUGAUUUGUUUUGGAACAGGAAGCAAAGCAGCCAUGAGGAUAUCUGCUUCCUUACAGAAAUAAGAUCUUAACUCUAUAGCAUUCAGAAAUCAAAGUUAAUGAACAGAAAUACACCUAACAGUGUAUUUUAAUUUUCCAUGUUAUGGACUGGGAUGCUCUAUCAAAGAUUAUAAUAUUAUAUAUUUCUUAGACGGAGUAAGAGACUGUGGUUCAGAGAACUUGGGACUUAUAGAUGUAUAGAGUUCCUGCUGUGUGUGAAACACUUUAUACAAGGAGGAGUAAGAGUCAUUCCUGGUACUAAAGUUCAAAAUAAAGAAGAGGGUAUUCGGAUUCUGCGUGAGGCAAGGGAGAUCGUGUAAACCAAACCUGGUUUAUUCUAAGGCAAUUUUGGAGGAAAUGCCUCCAAAAUACAUAACUUCUAUAGCAUGAGAGUGAGGUGAGCAGCAGGAGAGAAACGAUGCCUUGAGCUUAUACUUAAUGCAUUCUUAUACUGACAUAAGAGCUGAAUUCAGUUAUAUUCUCAAUUUUUUCGCGUGUUAGAUUGUAGAACUCUGCCAGGUUCCACACCAGCUAUACCUGUUUUCAUCAAGUAUAUUCUGACUCAUAGCGACCCUAUAGGACAGAGUAGAACUGCCCCAUAAGGUUUCCAAGGCUAUAAUCUUCACAGAAGCUGACUGACACAUCCUUCUCCUGCAGAGCAGCUAAUGGGUUCAAACCGCUGACAUUUUGGUUAGCAGCUGAGCGCUUAACCACCAUGCCACCAGGGCUCCUCACCCCAGCUAUAGGAUCUAACUAAGGUGUUUCAAUAUGUGGAAUGUAGACUAUCAAUGCCAAAAACACCUAUUUAAAACAGUUUGUAGUGUUCUAGUCUUGACCAGCUAAGGUAGCAUCUGUCUUGUUCACUUGUUGAUAGGAACCAGGUUUUAUAGAUUUGUGAAAAACUUCUUUUAGAUCUGAUACUUCAGAGCUUGAUUCCUUACCCAUGGCUCUACAUUUUAUAAGCACUAGAGUUGGUUUCCUUAACAGUGGAUGAGCAUACUUCUCCAAGUUACCCCUAAGAUUCUUUCUGAUUUUGUGAUUGAUUAUGGCUGAUUGUCAGACCUGGCUCAGGCCUGUGGUUCCAGUGACUCUAUCCUGAUUCUGAGAUUGUAUGCUCGAUGCCCUUUGUAUCCAAUGGGUGCUUGUUUACUUGUACAUAGAGUUGACAUAGGAGCCCUGGUGGUGCAGUGGUUAACUGCUUGGCUGCCAGUUGAAAAGUUGGCAGGUCCAAUUCACCCAGAGGCCCCCUCCACAGUAGAAAGACCUGGCAACCAGUUCCCAUAAAGGUUACAGCCUAGAAAACCCUGUGGGUCAGUUCUACUCUGUCAUAUGGGGUCACUAUGAGUCAGAAUCGACUCGACAGCACCUAACAGCAACAGAGUUGACACAGUAUUUUAUCAGCCUUCUAUUUGUUUGGGGACUAGCAGAUUGGUCUAUAUGCACCAAAUAUACCAGAGUUUACUAUGGAUUAAGUAAAAUUCCCUUCUCAUGGCCAUUGACUGCUGCAGUAUGUAAUUCUGAGAUUAUCAUUUAAAACUGUUUUACAUGUGUAGUCAUUUUAUUACAAUUUCCGUAAAGUGAGCUACCCUACAGCAUACCAGUUACUAGUUGCCGUUGAGCUUAUUUCAACUUAUGGUGACCCCAUGAGUGUCAGAGUAGAACUGUGCUCCACAGAGUUUACAGUGGCUGUAUUUUUGGAAGUAGAUUUCCAGGUCUUUCUUCUGAGGUGCCACUGGGUUGACUAGAACCUUCAACUUUUCAGUUAGUAGCCAAGCACGUUAACCGUUUGCAUCACCCAGGGACACUAUCCUACAGUUCUGACACAUGGCAACCCCAUGUGUUUCAGAGUAUAACUGCAUUCCAUAAGGUUUGCAGUGGCUCUGAGUGACCUUCCAGAAGUAGAGCAACAGGCCUUUCUUCGAAGGUGCCUCUGGAUGAGUUCGAACCACCAACCUUUUGGUUAGUAGCUGAGCACUUAACUGUUUGCACCACCUAGGGACUCCUCCCUACAGCAUGGCCAUUGCAAAUGUACUGUUAUGUUACAAAGUCACAUGACUGCUCUCUCUGCAAUUGCUAAAAUAGUCCAGUGUUUAAGUAUACAUUAUCCAUUGAUAUUUCUUUUAACACACAUUCAUUGAUGCAUUCACAUCUCUGGUUUCUGUAUUACAAAUGUAGUCUUUUUCUUGGUAAUUGUGAACUUACUUUGGCAAUGCUAAUUGCAAAUGUAGCUUCAUGUAACUAGAUACUGCAGCUAUAAAGUAAUUUGGAAUAAUACUUUAGUCAAUAAUCCUGUCUUUCUGUUGGAAAAUUUAUCAUAAAAGAAUUAGUGAGGUCAUCAUUUUUACCAUCAAAAAUAUUUUAUUAACUGCCUAAUUAUUCAUGGAAAUGAAUGCUACACAGAUUGGAGCAAACAAUGCCACCUGUAACCUUCUAAGACAUGUUUAUAGAAAAAUAACAUUUAAUAUUGUUGACUCACCUCUCUCAGUGGUAGUCAUUCUCUUGAUGUAGUUUCAUUGCUUAUCUCUCUUCAUUUUGACUGGCCAUUAAAAUACAUUUCCAGGUCAGUAUCAUUAAAGUUUUUAAAGCAAAAUUGAAAUGAUGUCUGAAGUUAUUCCUUGCCACCUAAGCCAAUUCUCAUUCAUAAAUGCUGACCUCAUAGCUCAGCAAAAUUGUGAAAAGUUUGCCUCUGUCUUCCAAUCUCAAAAUCACUGCCCUUAUGUUGGCAGUAUCAUGGCAAUAUUCGGUUUGACCCAGCCUCAUUCAGCCUGUCUUAUAUCAGUGAUUUUCAUAACGUUUUAGAGGAUGACAAUAGUGUUGGUAACAAUCACAGUUCCUGGAGAUCUUAUUGUAGUUGGAGAAGCAUAGUCAGUUUUGAUAAUACAAACUAAAGAAAAUAAAGCUUCCUGGAAUCUUAGGCAGUUCUCAAGUCACAGGCAGUCCCUGCCCAUCCGCAGCAUCCUCAUUUCAGUUUUACUAGCUGUUCUCCCCGUUAAAAUUUGCUUUUGCCCAUUUUUUUUAAGGGCCCAGGUCCCUGAAGCUAGUUAAUUUAAUAAACCAUGUUGUCAUGCUAAUAGGUACUACUUUAUCAAGUAAAGACAUUGAGUGGAUCUUUUGGAAUUAUUAAAACAAAAUGAAAUAAAAAAAAUUUAAUCUUUGUAAAAAGGAAGUUUAGGAUCAAGAUGAAGGUAGAGUCUGGAGGCAUGAAAUUUGGGGUAGGUAGUUAAUUAUAGCAUGUAAGCAGCCACAUACUGAGUUUAUAAAUAACUUUUGGUCCAGCUAAAGCAUUUAUGUCUUAAAAUGCAAAAGAUUUAUUAAAAUCAUAACCCUUCAAUACGAUCAGUAUAUAUGGAAAUUCAGUGUAUUUUGUAUCUUAGUCAUGUGUUCUGCAGAUUGCAAGGUUCAGCUAACUUCAAAAUAUGAUCUAGGAAUGUUUGGCCCUGAGAGAAGCAGAAGUUUAGUGUGGAUUUUUUUUUAAGGGUUCUCUAGUUUUCUGCACUUUUGGAACCUGAUAUUUUACUAGUUUCUAUAUAAAUGCUUCUUGUUUUAAAAAAGUGAUUUCAUUAAUUUUUCCUAUUAGUUUUAGUCAAGAAUUAAUCUAAAGUAGAAAUUUAUGGUAAUAUGAAUACAUUUUGGUAUACAGGCAUACCUCAUUUUGUUGCACGGCACUUUAUUGUGCUUCACAGAUACUGUGUCUUUUACAAAAUGACAGUGUGGCAACCUUGUACUGAGCAAGUCUGUCGGAGCCAUUUUUCCAAUAGCACGUGCUCACUUUGUGUCUCUGGGUCUACAUUUUGGUAAUCCUCGCAAUAUUUCAAACUUUUUCAUUAUUAUUAUUUCUGUUAUGGUGAUCUGUGAUCAGUGAUCUUUGAUGUUACUGUUGUAAUUGUUUUGGGACACCACAAACUGCACCCACAGAAGACAGCGAAAGUAAUCGAUAAAUGUUGUGUGUGUUCUGACUGCUCCACAGACAGGCCAAUUGCCCCAUCAGGCUUCCUCUCCUUGGGCCGCCCCAUUCCCUGAAACAUGGCAAUAUUGAAAUUAGGCCAAUUAAUUACCCUACAAUGGCCCCUAAGGGUUCAAGUGAAAGGAAGAGUUGCACAUCUCUUACUUUAAAUCAAAAGCUAGAAAUGAUUAAGCUUAGUGAAGAAAGAAUGUCGAAAGCCUAGAUAGGCCAAAAGCUAAGCCUCUUGCACCAAACAGCCAAGUUGGGAGUGGAAAGGAAAAAUUAUUGAAGGAAAUUAAAAAGUUCUACUCCAGUGAGCACAUGAAUAAGAAAGCAAAACAGCCUUAAUUACUGAUCUGGAGAAAGUUUUAGGGGUCUGGAUUGAAGAUCAAACCAGCCACCACAUUCCGUUAAACCACAGCCUAAUCCGAGCAGGGCCCUAACUCUCUUCAAGUCUGUGAAGGCUGAGAGAAGUAAGGAAGUUGUAGACGAGAAUUUUGAAGCCAGCAGAGGUUGGUUCGUGAGGCUUAAGAAAAAAAGCCAUCUCUAUAACAUGAAAGUGCACGGUGACGCAGCAAGUGAUGAUGUAGAAGCUACAGCAAGUUAUCCAGGAGAUCUGGCUACAACUGAUGAAGGGGGCGGUACGAAACAACAGGUUGUCCAUGCAGACAGAACAGCCUGGUAUUGGAAGAAGAGGCCGUCGUCUGUGGCUUCCAUAGCUGGAGAGGAGAAGUCAACGCCUGGCUUCAAAGCUUCAAGGACAGGCUGACUCUCUUGUUAGGGGCUAAUGCAGCUGGUGACUUUAAGUUGAAGCCUGUGCUCAUUUAUCAUUCCAAAAAUCCUAGGGCCCUUAAGAAUUAUGCUCAAGCUACUUUGCCUAUGCUCUAGAAGUAGAACAACAAAGCCUGGACGACAGCACAUCUGUUUAGAACAUGGUUUACUGAAUAUUUUGAGCCUACUGUUGAGACCUAUUACUCAGAAAAAAAGAUUUCUUUCAAAAUAUUGCUGCUUAUUGACAAUGCACCUGGUCACCUGGGAGCUCUGAUGGAGAUACAGGGAGAUUAGUGUUGUUUUCAUGCCUGCUAACACAACAUCCAUUCUGCAGCCCAUGGAUCAAGGAGUAAUUUCAACCUUCAAGUAUUACUAAAGGAGUACAUUUCGUAAGGCUAUCCCUGCCUUAGAUAGUGUUUUCUCUGAUGGAUCUGGACAAAGAAAACUGAAAACCUUCUGGAAAGGAUUCACUAUUCUAGAUGCUAUUAAGAACAUUUGUGAUUCAUGGGAGGAGGUGAAAAUAUCAACAUUAACAGGAGUUUGGAAGAAGUUGAUUCCAACCCUCAUGACUUUGAGGGGCUCAAGACAUCAGUAACUGCAGAUGUGGUAGAAAUAGCAAGAGAACUAGAAGUGGAGCCUGAAGAUGGGACUGGAUUGCCGCAAUCUCAAGGUAAACUUUAACGGCUGAGGAAUUGCUUCUUACGGAUGAGCAAAGAAAGUGGUUACUUGAGAUGGAAUCUGCUCCAGGUGAAGAUGCUAUGAACAUUAUUGAAAUGACUACAAAGGAUUUAGAAUAUUACAUAAACUUAGCUGAUAAAGCAGCAGGAGGGUUUGAGAGAACUGACACCAAUUUUGAAAGAAGUUCUACUGUGGGUAAAAUGCUAUCAAACAGCAUUGCAUGCUGAAGAAAAAUCUCUUGUGAAAGGAAGAGUCAGUUGAUGAAGCAAACUUCAUUACUGUCUUUUUUUAAGAAAUUGCCAUAGCCACCCCAGCCUUCAGCAGCCACCAUCCUGAUCAGUCAGCAGCCAGCAACAUCGAGGCCAGACCCUCCACCAGCAAAAAGAUUACGACUCAAUGAAGACUCAGGUGACGGUUAGCAUUUUUAAGCAUUAAAAAGUAUUUUUUAAUUAAGAUAUGUACUUUUUUUUUAGACAUAAGGCUACUACACACUUAAUAGACUACGGUAUAGUAUAAAGAUAAUUUUUAUGUGCGCUGGGAAACAAAAAAAUUCAUGUGACUGGCUUAAUUGCAACAUUUGCUUUAUUGUAGUGGCUUGGAACUCAACCCGCAGUAACUCUGACCAAUUCCUGUAUAUUAUAUGCUAAAAAAAAAAAAAAAAAAAAGCCUGAGUCUCAAUCCAAAGAUUGGAUAGGCUUAAAAUAGGCUUUUUAUUCCCAUAAAAGAUUUUAGAUGAUGUUGUAGAAAGAUAAAUACAGAUCCUGCUGUUUUGCUGAUUUGUGUACCUACUAAGUUUAAAAAUAAACAAGAAAUUAUGAAGUCUUUAAAAUGCUCAAAAUAAAACUUAAGUAAAAAGCACUCCAAAUUAUUGCAUGUUUUGAUUGCAGCUAUGUAAAUAUACAACUAUUUAAACAUGAAAAAUAUUAGAAGGUAAUGUAUCAAACUGCUGUGUGGUUAUAUUAAGGUACUAAAAUUAAGGACUUUUUUCCUUCUAGGUGUUAAUUUUUCUGUAAUAUAGUUGCUACUUUCAUGAUAAGAAGAAUAAAUAUAUUUUUACAAAAUAAAGGAAGCUAAGAUUAAUUAUAGAAAAACAUAUGCUGCUUCUAAUUAUAGAAAAUGUUUCAAAUGUACUUAUUAAAUAGAAGAAUAAUUCCUGUACCCAAAAGACCAUACUUUCUUUACUGUAUAUUUCAGUAUAAAAAGCAGCUCACAGCUCACAAUAUCAGGGUGCUAGGCAAUUUGCAAAAUUAGUAUCAAAUAAAAAAAUAUAUAUCAAAUAAUGGGGGUUAAAUAAAUGUUUGUUGUCUGCUCCAACUCCUUUCCAUCCCCCCACAGAAACUCCUUGAAUGAAAAGGUGGGUUCUUUUCUGUCUUCUUUAAAAAUUGCUGUAACCCUAGCACUUAGAAUAGUUCCUGGCACAUAGUAGGAGCUUACUGAGUAUUUGUUGAAUGAGUGAAUAAAUAACACAUAAGGGAGUUAAAGGAAUUAAUUAGCUGCUAAGCAAUAUGUUGACAGCUUGAACUUGCCGGCCACUUCUGGGGAGAAAGAUGUGGCAGUCUGCUUCGGUAAAGAUUUACAACCUUGGAAACUCUAUGGGGCAGUUUUACUUUGUCCUACACCAUUGCUGUGAGUGGGAAUCAACUCAACGGCAGUGGGUUUGGUUUUCAGUGGGUUUUAAGGGAGUUAUACAAUUAACUCCUAAUUACGUACUUAUAUGCAAAUAUUUCCAGUGUAAAUUACUGACAUUCCUUAAUCGUCCCACCUGGUUUAGGCUGAAAACUUAGUUUAGUUAUGAAACUUGUCACAAGGAUCAAACUAUUUGAUAUAGAAUGUAGAAACAAGACCAACCUUGUUAAGGAGUUACAUAUCCCAUUCCUCGUAGUAAAACACCCUGCCAUAAUGAAGAAUAAGCGUGUAGUAACAAGGGCACGGAGCCCUUGUGUGGUGCAAAGUGUUAAUGCUCACUGCUGACUGAAAGGUUGGAGGUCCAAGUCCACCCAGAGGUGCCUUGAAAGAAACGCCUGACAGCCUGUUUCCAAAAAAUUAGCCAUUAAAAACCAUAUGGUUGAUCACAGUUCUACUCUGACACACGUGGGGUUGCCAUCAGUUGGGGUUGGCUCCACCAAAUAUAUAUAAAAUAUAUAUAUAUAUAUAAAUAUAUAAAUAUAUAUAUAUAUAUUAUCCUUUAUAUUUUCACUGCCAGGAGACUUUUCCCUCUAGAUAAAGAUUGUACAAGAAACUGAAAACCUGAUGUAGAAAUUAUAAAGUCUCUCUUGUUUUGCCUGUCUCCCAUUUAAUAUUUAGUUUUGUGUUAUAGAACACAGAUUUAGGUAGUACUUAAAAAGCGUUUGACUUGAAGUCAAAUGCCAAGAUCUCUGCCUGGUUUCACCUUAAUAUUGGGCAAAUAAUGUUUUUUACGCUUCUGUCGUUCUGUAGGGAAACCCUGGUGACAUAGUGGUUAAGUGCUACUGCUGCUAACCAAAAGGUCAGCAGUUCAGAUCCACUAGGUGCUGUUGGAAACUCGGCGGGACAGUUCUGCUCUGUCCUGUAGGGUAGUUAUGAGCUGAAAUUGACUCGAUGGCAAUGGGUUUGAUUUUUUUGGUUUAUCGUCAUAUAACCCAGUGCCGUCGAGUCGAUUCCAACUCAUAGUCACCCUAUAGGACAGAGUAGAACUGCACCACAGGGUUUCCAAGGAGCGCCUGGUGGAUUUGAACUGCUGACCCUUUGGUUACCAGCCAUAACACUUAACCACUAUGCCACCAAUAGAGAUGCCAAUAACUCUGACAUGUCUAACUAGAAGAUUCAUUGUUACAUUGGGAUUAUAAAAUUCUGCCAGUUAGAAUUUAAAAUAUUCUAAAAACAGGACACAUAAAAGAAAAGCUACUUUAUUUUAAUUGUAAUUGAAAAAAUGAAUUUUGACAACUCUAAGGUAGUAUCUACCUCAGUUUUCUCCCUGUUAAAAUACAGAUUUUUUUAAUAUUUCAGAAAAAUAUUUACUAACUUCUAAGGCACCUGGUGGCAUAGUGGUUAAGUGCUACGGCUGCUAACCAAAGGGUCAGCAGUUCGAAUCUGCCAGGCACUCCUUGGAAACCCUAUGGGGCAGUUCUACUCUGUCCUGUAGGGUCGCUAUGAGUCGGAAUCGACUCCAUGGCACUGGGUUUGGUUUUUUUAAGGCAUUAUUUUAGUAUAUAUUUUCAACCCUGUUAUGUUGCUUUUCAGUGGAAACUUGGUCCUAUUAAAAUCUUUGUCUCAGAAACAAAAUGUAUUUUACAGGUUCAGCCUUUUUUUUUUUUAGGACCAAGUAAUUCAUCUUCAAUAUGUGAUUAUCAUAUACUUUUAAGAAUGAUUCAAGCUUAGUUUAUUUUUGCUUCUCUUCUUAUUUUUUUAAACUUCUCUUGACUUUAAAAAAUACAUCACUAUGAAUUCCUGGAAGAAAGCCAUUAUGUAAAUACAGGGUAUCUUAUUGCUAUUUAUGGAAUAUUUUUGUCAUUUUAUUUAGUGGUGGCUGAUUUUUUUCUGAGGUCUUUUUCCUCCGUUCUUAUGAGUCGGAAUUGACUCAACAGCAGUGGGUUCGGUUUUGGGUUUGGUUAAGUAAUCUGCUAUCCCCUGUCCCAGCUAAUAAUAUUUCCUUGUUGACGUCAUUUUUUCCUUAUUUAUGGAUUGAAAAUUGACACUGUUAAUAAGGACAGUAGGUUUCUAAAGGGUCAUAUUAAAUGUUUGGAAACCCUGGUGGCGUAGUGGUUAAGUGUUAUGGCUCCCAACCAAGAGGCUGGCAGUUCGAAUCUGCCAGACGCUCCUUGGAAACUCUAUCGGGCAGCUCUACUCUGUCUUAGAGGGUCGCUAUGAGUCGGAACCGACGGCAGUGUUUUUUUUUUUUUUUUUUAUUAAAUGUUUUGAUUGUCUUUACAUUUUCCUUGCCCCCAGCCCUCCCUGUCUCCCUCCCUCUCUACCUUUCUUCCUUCCUGCCUUUAUGUGGAAGGAGGAGGGAAUAAUUAACCACUUCUUUCAUUUCACCACUUUCAAAGUGAGGCACUAAAAUCUAAUGUCUACCUAUAACAUUUUGUUUCUUCUUUUGAAAUAUUUUCUUAGUAAACCAAAAACCAAACCUGUUGAUGUCAAGUUGAUUCCGACUCAUAGCAACCUUAUUUUAUAGGACAGAAUAGAACUGCCCCAUAGAGAUUCCAAGGAGCACCUGGUGGAUUCAAACUGCCAACCUUUUUGUUUAGCAGCCUUAGCACUUAACCACUACGCCACCAGGGUUUCCAUUUUGCUAAUACCAAACCCAAAAACCAAACCUACUGCUGUUGAGUCAAUUCCAACUCAUAGCGACCCUAUAGGACAGAGUAGAACUGCCCCAUAGAGUUUCCAAGGAGCGCCUGGCAGAUUCGAACUGCCGACUUCUUGGUUAGCAGCCAGAGUACUUAACCAUUACACCACCAGGGUUUCCAUUUUGCUAAUAGCUUCCAUUUUAUUUGAUUAAAGAGGUUGAUGGGGGAUGGGCAUGUAAGAAGAAGAGAACCUACAGAAGGAAGACAUUUUAUAACUGUUAAAACAGUUUUUUCAGGAGAGUGAUAACAAUUCCUCUCCAUACCAGUGGCACAGGAUAGGACAGGCCAAGAGAAGCCAGGAACUAAAGUUGAUUCCGGCUCAUACAAGGUGGCGGAUAAGGGUCUCAGCAAACACAGAGCCUUAGCCAGAAAGUUAGCUAUAUUAGGAAGGAGAAUAUAAAUUUAUAUACAAUAGAAAGUGGCAUCUGAUUUGAAACCAGAAAAGACCAGGAAAAGAAAAGUAAGUUGACUCCAAAUACUGAAAUAGAAGCUGGCACCCAAGGGGUCAGUAGGGAGGAGGCAGGAGGAAACAUAACCAGUUAAGACCACUGAAACAAGGAUAGGGAAGAGCAACACUGCACAGAUUUGAGGCGUUCCACUUGAGUGUGAGGAAACUAGGAAUGGCAGGUUUUGUUGGCAGCCAGUGUGAAGCAACGUUCCCUACGUCAUUAUUAUUGUUAUUAAUGGUAAUUAUCAUUGAUUGUGACAGAGAGGCUAAUAUAAAUCUUAUAUUUUGAAUAAUGAUAUUUUCUAACAUUCAGUCCGAUAGGAAAUUUGUUCUUGCAUUAGCUCAGUCUCUUUGCAAAACUCUUGGGCACCAGAGCAAUUACUAAUAUCCAGGGCUUUUAAUAGCUUUUUGGCUAUUGUGUAGGAAGCCCCAGAGUUUCCUUUUGAAAGGUGACCAUGCAUCAUCCAUGUGAGGAUUUUGAGAAAGUUGAUUAACAUUUACAAAUACUGUUUUAAGUCUUCUAACAUAAACCCUUAUCUGUUAUUCUGCACUCCAAAAAGGUCUGGGUUGCAGGGGAACCCACGCUUGUUUAAUAAGAACAAAUUAAAAGUAUGUUUAGUUCAGGCAGUCAAACCUGACUUGAAAGAAACGUAUUUGGUGGCAAAUCCACAGCUAAACUUACAUGAGGCUAUUUAUAGUCUGUAUUUUUCGUAUGUGAAUAUCCCUAUAUUUCACUACAGAAAUAUUAAUGUGUUUGAUUUUUAGGUGUUGCCCCAGAACCUGCUGGGAGUGUUACAUCAUGUCUUAGUUAUCUAGUACUGCUAUAACAGAAAUACCGCAAGUGGGUGGCUUUAACAAAGAGAUAUUUAUUUUCUCACAGUCUAGUAGGUUACAGGUCCAAAUUCAGUGUGUCAGCUCCAGGGUAAGGCUUGUCUCUCUGUCGGCUCUGGAGGAAGGUCCUAGUCUUCAAUCAUCCCCUGGUCUAGGAGCUCCUCAGGCGCAGGGACCCUGUGUCCAAAGGCUGUGCUCUGCUCCUGGUGCUUCGUUCUUGGUGGUAUGAGGUCCCCGACUCUCUGCUUUCUUCCCUUUCCUUUUAUCUCUUGAGAGAUGGAAGGCGCUACAGGCCAUACCCCAGGGAAAAUCCCUUUGCUUUGAAUCAGGGAUAUGGCCUGAGCAAGAGUGUUACAUCCCACUUUAAUCCUUUUAACCACAGGCAGAGAUUAUAAUUUAUAACAUGGAGGAAAAUCACAAAAUAGAGGAUAACCACACAUGGCCUAACCAAGUUGACACAUAUUUUGGGGGGACACAAUUCAAUCCAUUACAUAUCAUAUACAGUAUAUAUACUCCCAUAUUAAAUUUCCAAAACAAAUGGUCAGCUCUGAAACUCCUAAGGGUUUCGGGUGAGAGAUACUGUGUGCCAUUAGUAGUUUUAGUCAUAACUCUGGAGUCAACAUAUUUAGUAAUCCAUCACCCUGAAAAGACAAAGAUAUCUCUAAUCUGCAUGUCAGUGUUGUCAUUCAGAACCUAUUUUCUCAUAGAAAUACUGGUUUCCAAGGUAGUUAGGUGUUAUGUUUUGUAUUGUAGUUGUUAAGUGCCAUUCGGUAGGUUCCAACUCAUAGCAACUCUGUGUACAACUGAACAAAAUACUUCCUGGUCCUGCAUCGGUCUCAUAAUCAUUGCUAUGUUUGAGCCCAUUGUUACAGCCACUGUAUUAGUCCAUCUCAUAGGGAGUCAUCUUCUUUUUUGAUGAUCCUCUACCUUAUCGAGCACGAUGGCCUUCUCCAGGGACUGGUCUCUCCUGAUAACAUGUCCAGAGUAUGCAAGAGGAAGUUGCACCACCCGUUCUUCAAGGAGCACCCUGGCUGUGCUUCUUCCAAGAUGGACUUGUUUGUUCUUCCAGCAGUCCAUGGUAUAUUCAGUAUUCUUUAUCAACACUAUCAUUCAAAAGCAUCGAUCCUUCUUGGUCUGCCUCAUUCAUUGUCUAGCUUUCACGUGCAUAUGGAGACAACUGAAAAUAUCAUGGCUCGGGUCAGACAUACCUUAAUCCUCAAAGUGACAUCUUUGUUUUUCAGCACUUUUGAAGCAUGGAAACCCUAGUGGUGUAGUGGUUAAGUGCUACAGCUGCUAACCAAAGGGUCGGCAGUUCGAAUCUGCCAGGCGCUACUUGGAAACUCUAUGAGGCAGUUCUACUCUGUCCUAUAGGGUCGCUAUGAGUUGGAAUCGAUGCGAUGGCACUGGGUUUGGUUUUUGGUUUUUUGAAGUAUAUUUGUCCAAUGCAAUACAUGGUUUGGUUUCUUGACUGCUGCUUCCAUGGACGUUGGUUUUAGAGCCAAGUAAAAUGAAAUUCUUGACAACUUCGAAAUUUUCUCUGUUUAUCAUGAUGUUGCUUAUUGGUCCACUUGUGAGGAUUUUUGUUUUCUUUAGGUUGAGUUGUAAUCCAUACUGAAGGCUGUAGUCUUUGAUCUUCAUAAGUAAGUGCUUCAAGUCCUCUUUACUUUCAGCAAGCAAGUGGGUGUCAUCUGCAUAUCACAGGUUGUUUAAUGUCAUCUUCCAAUCCUGAUACUAAAUGCUCAUUCAUGUAGUCCAACUUCUUGGAAUUUUUGUUCAGCAUACAGAUUGAAUAAGUAUGGUGAAAGGAUACAACCCUGAUGCACACCUUUCUUGAUAUGAAACCACGCAGUACUCCUUGUUCUGUUUGACCCAACCUUGGCCCCACCCUGGCCCAUUCCCAAACAUAGACAUGCCCUUAUUGUAGCCUUCACCUGACUUCUGAGGCUCACUUCUUAUGCUCGUGUAAUGAGAGUGCAGAUUCCACUAGACUCAGACCAUUACUAAAGGCUCUAUUAGCCAACAGGAUGCAGAAUGGCGUGGGGAGGGGGGUGGUUCUAUUUGCCACUCCUAGCUUCACAUUCCACUACUUAUCUUGAAGUACUUAACUGAUGAAGACCAAAGACUACAUACACCCUUCAGUACGGAUUUCAUUACAACAUAAAGAAAACAAAAAUCUUUACAACUGGGCCAGUAAGCAACAUCAUGAUAAAUGGAAAAAAUAUUGAAGUUAUCAAGCAUUUCAUUUUACUUGGAUCCACAAUCAGUGCCCAUGAAAGCAGCAGUCAAGAAAUCAAACAAUGUAUUGGGUUGGGCAAAUCUGCUGCAAAUGACUUCUUUAAAGUGUUAAAAGCAAAGAUGUCACCUUGAGGACUAAGGUGUGCUAGACCCAAACCAUGGUAUUUUCAAUCGUGUUAUAUGGAUGUGAAAGCUAGAAAAUGAAUAAGGACAACCAAAGAAUUGAUGACUUUGUAUUAUGGUGCUAACAAAGAAUAUUGAUAUGGACUACCAGAAGAAUAAACAAAUCUGUCUUAGAAGAAGUACAACCAAAAUGCUCCUUAGAAGCAAGGAUGAUGAGACUUUGUCUCACGUACUUUGGACAUGUUAUCAGGAAGGACCAGUCCCUGGAGAAGGACUUCAUGCUUGGUAAAGAAAACGGUCAGCAAAAAUGAGGACAACCCUGAAUGAGAUGGGUUGACACAGUGGCUGCAACAAUGGACUCAAGCAUAAUAAUGAUUGUGAGGAUGGUGCAGGAGCAGGCAGUGUUUCAUUCUGUUGUACAUAGGGGUGCUGUGAGUUGGAACUGAUUCAAGGGCACCUGACAGCAAUAACAACUGCUUCACGUUAAUUUUAUUCUUUUCGUCUUUGGACCCUAGGAACUGCCGUGCCUAAAUAUCUUUCUACCUAUAACACUUGUAGUUCCAGUAUUUAGUUAGAAGUAAAUGGAAUCAGGUUUCCACCUUCCUCUUUCCACCACUUCACUUUUAACUUUAAUUUUGAAUGCAUCUCCUGUUUAACCCUUCCUUAUGUCUCUCAAUCUUCCUUUCUUAAGAAAGGGUAAUGGUUUUUACUACUAAUAAUAAUGAAAAAGAGGAGUAAGAAAUACAUGGUAGGUGAUUGGAGCUAUAAAGUAGCUGAGGAUGGGAAAAAAGAAUAUUGGAGUACAACUGCCAAAAAACAGCAUUGCCUUUUGUGUCUCUCAUGCCUUUUUAUUUUCUUACAGAUUAUUAGUUUAUGUGACAGUCAGUUUCCAAAGGAAUACUCUCAUUGGACCCUUUUCCUACAAAUGAUUUCUCAAUCUCACUCCAUCCUGUACAUAUAAUAUAUACAUUAUGUUGUAAUUUGACUGCUUUUAAACAAACAUACUAGAACUUAUUCUUCUAAACAACUGCCUUUCCUUAGAAGCAAUCACGUGAAUUCUGUGCCUUUAUAUUAGUAAUGCGCCACCUUGCUUCGAGAACUCAUUAGGCUGUCGGCAGAGCCUGUACCAUUAUUUUUAAGGUUAUCUGCAUUAAUUAGCAGCCAUUUUUUGAGGAUAAGUUAGAAUUUUAUAGAUAACUAUCAUCCUGACAGUUCUUGUCUUCAGAUAAGCAAGGGUUUUAUUUUUGUUUUCUGUUUAUAUUUUUGUCAAAAUCAAGUAAAAAUUAAAAAGCAAAAGACUUUUGUAGGGCUUUUAAAUGCAUUUUAAAAUUGUUCUAGGAAUUUCAGGUUUUUUUAAAUAAUUGUAGCCUUGUAAUGCUGUACUUUGAAUGGAGCAAAAUUUCUUUGAUGUACAGAUUCCUGUAUAUGUUGAUUUAAAAUACAGAGUCAUUAUUAUUUUAGGUGUAUUAUUAUAUAAGUGUAUUUAAAAUUCAGGUAUAGACACAUGUAUAAUAUGAGCACAUUGGAAAGUUUAAGCUAUGGGAAUUAGCUGCAAAAGAAAACAUUUUCUGAAAACUUAGCAUAUUUUAACCAUUUUGGUUAUUUUGAUCUGAUAACUAUACCUGGAAUAGCAGAAGAGAUUGAUGUAGACUAUUUUAAUGAUUACAAGUACUCUUUAUUAAGUACUUACAAAAUAACAGGUAAUUACUGGGCAUUGUAUAUUAAUUAUCACAGUUUUCAUAACAAUUCUUGGAAAUGUUCUGUCCCCUUUUAGAGAUGAGGAUACUUGAGGUCCAGAGAGCUGAAGGGACAUGCCAUUCAUUGAUCACAUGCCUACUACUUGUUUUUCUUGGAAUUUACAUAUGAAAAUAUUUUGAGGCCUGUGAUGAAAGGAGAUUUCUCAACAGGAGGUUAAGGAAAGAAGGGAGGAAAGGAAGAAGGAAACCCAAUAUUGACAAGGAUUCAGGAAUCCAGACAUCUUCAUAUUUCUUACUGUCAAGAAUGUUACUUGGUACACAACUCCUAUGGAGAGCAAUUUGACAAUGUAUAAAAAAAUUUUUUAAAUAUUUAUGUUUGUGACAUAGUGAAAUCACUUCCAGGAAUUUAUAAAAAAAAAUUAAAGAUAUGUGCUGCGAUUUAGCUACAAGAGUGGUCAUUGCAUCACUUUAUAGAAAAUAAAAUAUUGGAAGCAUGUAAUUGCCUCACAAUAAGAGAGUGCAUUGAAUUGAAUGUGAAAUACCCAUAUAAUGAAAUGCUAAAUAAAAAUUUUAAAGAUAUCUUCGAAGAAACAUUUAUGUUGUGGAAAGAAGUUUAUAUCUUGAAUGGAAAAAAAUAAUUGAAAAUUAAAAUACACAGUUUUUUAAACAACGAUGUAUGAAUAGCUAUAAACAAUGUCAGAGGAUGAACAGUAAUAUCUCUUGGGAAAGAGGUUUUGAAUGAGUUUUAAAACAUUUUUUUAAUUUGUAUAUUCCGCAACGAUCUCAGCAUUAUUAAAAAUAGAUGCUUUUAAAUUAUUAUAUGGGAAACAUAAUAACAAUGCCAAUACUCUAAUAUAGCUAUUUAUAUUUUUUCACACUGACUUCCAAGUCUAACGCUUAAACACAUGUACUGUUAUGUAGUUAAAAUUAUUCUACAUACGUAUUUUGUAAUUUUCCUUUAUCUUUGACAUUUACUGGGUAUUUUUCUACAUGGCUUUACAAUUAUCGAUUUGAUGGCAACAUUGUAUUCUAUCUGAAUUUUAAUACAUUUUCACCAGUUGUUCAAAUGUUUACUUUGUUUUCAGCAUUUAUAUAGAUAGCACGUUAAUUAAAAUACUAAAAAUGAUAAUUAUGAAGAUAAUAGUAAUGGCUACAGUUUAUCCAGUAUCUCUCUGUUGCUUCCAAAAGUUUUCACAUUUAAUUCAUAAAACAACUUUAUGAGUUAAGACAUUCUUAUCCUCUUAUAGCUGGCGAAAUUGAGGUUCAAAGAAGUUAAGUAGCUCAUUGAUUACACAGCUAGUGAGAAGAUGAGCUAGAAUUCAGUCCAGGUUUGUCUGAUUCUAGCACACAGGCUUUUUCUGUGCAUGUUUCUAAAACUGGUUCCAAUAAUGUUAACAGAAAUGAAAAUUACUUUGCAUUAAUUCUGUUUUCUGGAUCCCAUAUCUAUUUCAGAAUUUUUCAUAAAUUGUCUUUUAGUUUCCAAUACUGUUGAAAAGACUUAGUACUAUUCCAGUUGUCUUAUUGUAUGUAACAGCUUCCUCUGCCUAACCUCUGAAAGCUUUUAGGAUCUUCUCUUUUUCCCCAGUGUUUUAUAUUUUCUCAACGAUACACCUUGUUGUUGAUUUUAUUUUCAUCACUUGGCCUGCACAUUAGAUGACAUAUUCCAUUUGAAAAUUUUAAUAAAUUUAUGCUGUUAUUUUCAUUCCUAAUCUUUUGUUUUCUGCUUCUUUUCUAUAGGUUCUAAUUUUUGUUAGGGCCAUAGUGGCUCAGUGGUUAAGCAUUUGGCUGAUAACCAAAGGUUUGCACUUCAACUCCACCACCCAGUCCUUGGAAACCCUAUGGGGCAGUUCUACUCUGACCUAAAGGAUCACUAUGAGUCGAAAUCAACUCCAUAGCAAGGGGUUUAGUUUGGUUUUUUUUUUGUAUACAACAUAGCUUUUUUAGCUGUGAGGUUUCUAAAUAUAUUUUGUUGACAUUUCUUCUGUUCCCUGAAUUAUAUCCGUUUCUCCAAGUUCAUUGUUUAUCUGUCUGUGAUUUAAAUCCUGUCUUUCAGAAUUUUUUUUUUCUCUUGAUCCUAAAUUAUGUUAUAAGCAGAACUUGUUAACUGGAGAGCGUUACUGAGAGUUGAAUGAGUAGCAAGCAUUCAGUCAAAUGUCCUAUCUAAAGCUAUUUACUUUGGGCAGUUCAGAUUAUGCAGAGAGGAAUUUUCCAGUCUCUUGCCUCUGAAAUAAAAGCCUGGAUGACAGCAUCCUGGGAGACUGUCAAGUAAAGGGAUUAAAAUACUUAAUCACACUUUUUAAACAAGGAACCUUAGCCCACUGUCAGCUUUUCCUGGCAUCUCUGAAUCCAAGACCUCUCUAGUUCGGCCUCUCUAGAGAAUAAAACUUCAGUUAUCUGCAGUUCUAUAAUUUCUGGGCAUAUUCUUUUAACUUUUUUAUAUGAUUUUUUUUUUAAUUGUGCUUUAAGUGGAAGUUUACAGUUCAAGUUAGUUUCUCAUACAAAAAUUAAUACACACAUUGUCAUGUGACCCUAGCUGCACGCCCUAUAAUGUGACAGCGCACUCCUCCCUUCCACCCUGGAUUUCCCAUGUCCAUUCAACCAACUCCUGUCUCUUUUUGCCUUCUCAUCUCACCUCUGGGCAGGAGAUGCCCAUUUAGUCUUCCGUAUCUACUUGAACUAAGAGGCAUUCUCUUCAUGAGUAUCAUUUAAUCUAAUCUUUGUCUGAAGAGUUGGCUUCAAGAAUGGUUUCAGUUCUGGACCAGUAGAGAGUCGGAGGGCCAUGCCUUCCCUCCAGUCUGAGACCAUUAAGUCUGGUCUUUUUACUAGAAUUUUAAUUCUGCACACCACUUUUCCCCUGCUCCAUCAGAGACUCUGUUGUGUUCCCUGUCAGGACAGUCAUUGGUAAGAGCCGGAACGAUUUAGUUCUUCUGGUCUCAGGUUGAUAGAGUCCCUGGUUUAUGUGGCCCUUUCUUCCUCUUGGGCUAAUAUUUUCCUUGAGCCUUAGGCGUUCUUCAUUCUCCUUGCUCCAGGUGGGUUGGGACCAGUUGAUAUAUCUUAGAUGGCUGCUUGCUAGCUUUUAAGGCCUCACCAAAAUGGGAUGCGAAACAUUUUCUUAAUAAACUUUGUUAUGCCGGUUGACCUAGAUGUCCCCAAAAACUGUGGUCCCCGGACUUGGGCCCCUGCUACUCUGUCCUUCAAAGUUUUUGGCUGUAUUCAGGAAACUUCUUAGCUUUUGGUUUAGUCCAGUUGUGCUGACUUCCCCUGUAUUGUGUGUUGUCCUUCUCUUCACUUAAUAUGAUUCUUGUCUACUGGCUAGUUAGUGAAUUCCAUUCUCCUUCCCUCCCCACCCUCAAAACCAUCAAAGAAUGCUUUCUUCUAUGUUUCAAACUUUUCUUGAGUUCUUAUAAUAGUGGUCUCAUACAAUAUUUGACCUUCUGCAACUAAUUUCACUUAGCAUGCAUGCCUUCCAGAUUCAUCCGUGUUAUGAGAUGUUUCACGGAUUCAUCAUUGUUCUUUAUCGUGGCAUAGUAUUCCAUUGUGUGAAUAUACCGUAAUUUUUAUCCAUUUGUCCAUUGAUGGGCGUCUAAGUUGUUUCCAUCUUUUUGCUGUUGUGAACAGUGCUGCAAUGCACAUGAGUAUGCAUAUAUCUAUUCGUUUGACGACUCUUAUUUCUCUAGGAUAUAUUCCAAGGAGUAGGAUUACUGGAUCAUAUGGUAGUUCUAUUUCUACCCUUUUAAGGAAGUGUCAAAUCAAUUUCCAAAGUGGUUGUACCAUUUUACAUUCCCACCAGCAGUGUAUAAGUGUUCCAGUUUCUUCACAACCUCUCCCACAUUUAUUAUUUUGUGUUUUUUGGAUUAAUGCUAGUCUUGUUGGGGUGAGAUUGUCUCUCACUGAAGUUUUCAUUUGCAUUUCUCUAAUGGCUAAUGAAUAGAAAUAGAAAAUCACUUUUAUUUGCAACAAUUAUUCUGUUCAUCGAUUCAACUGAUGCUGAAAUUAUUGAGUGAAAGACUGUUCGGGAACAGGAUAUUCACAUGGUCUUAAUGUAUCAUGCCACAGAUUACUUAUUAAUUAGAAAGGAAAAGAUACCUUUAAAAUGGAGAAAUCUGAGAGAGAUCAUCUUAUCCAAAUGAUUAAACUUCACAUCACUAGUAAAGGACAAUCUGAUAUCAUGUGUCUCCCAAUAUGAUUCACUUCAGAAGGACAAGCCGCCACUUUUUGUUGUAUUCUUGCCAAUAAUGUUUAAAUUAAAUCGAAUUAUGAGAAAUUAACCAGACACAUUCAAAUUGAGGGACAAUCUGCAAAAGAACUGGCCUGAACUCUUCUAAAAAGUCAGUGAUGUGAAAAAUUAAACAAGGCUGAAGAUUUGCUCUAGGAUAAAAGGAAACUAAGAUUUAUUGGAUCCUGAUUUUGGGGAAGGGGGGGGAAUAGUAAUAACAAAAGAUUAUCUAGGGAACUUUGAGGGCAAAUGGCAAAAUGCAAAUAUGAAUUAUGAAUUUUAUCAUAUUAAUAUCAAUGUUGAAUUUCCUGAAUGUGAUUAUUGUAUCAUCACUAUUAUGUAGGAGAAUAUCACUGAAGUUUUUAUGGGUGAAGUGCUCAGUGUGUAUAACUAGCUCUUAAGUCAUUCAGUAAAAUAAAUUAUUUCCAUCCACUCACAUAUACACACACAGAGGCACAUACUCAGGAGAGGAGAAUUGCAAAUGUGGCAAGAAGUAAAAGGUGAAUGGGUGCUUUAAGGGAGUACUCUUAUUAGAACUUAGAUUAGGAAAUUUUUCAAAGUAAGAACUUGGAAAAAGUGAAAUACAUUUUGUAAUUCUCAUAUAUAAUAUCUUAAGACUUAAAUUCAGCUACCAUAUACCUAAAGCUAUAUCCCUGUAAUUUCUCUGUUUUAUUGCAUAUUUUCUCAGCCUGUACAAGAAAUUGUAUAUGUGACUGUGUGCACAUACACACAUGCAUUUGUGAAAAUCUUUGAGGUCUCUACACAAAUUUCCCAAGGACUCUCCUGUGCGUAUGUAUGUUCUGUUGGUGGUUUUGCUCUGUCAUAAAUAUCCUGAACUAAAUUUUUUUUUCUUUUUUUUUAGAAAUGCUACUGUUAACUUUUCCUGAAAUCUUUUCCUAAAAUGGCCUCACAAACCUUUGUACCAAAUAUUUUCUGCUUGGUGAAAAACGAAUGUCUUUAUGAAGUUUUAACACUUUGCAAAAUAAAAUAAGCAUGAGGGAUUGUCACAUGAACCUCUUUGCAGUUCAUGGUUUUUUAUGCUUAAUAAAAAUAGAUUCUUAAGUGCUAUUUCUUCUCCUAACAAAUUUAUAAUUUUUAAAUAUAUAUUGUUGAGUCAUUAUCUACUUUUCUUUUACCUACUUAGCUACCCAAUUAUAUGUAAAUUUAAUUUUUUAUUUAAAUCCAGUUCCCAUCAUAUUCCAUUACGGCUUGUCAGUCACAUUUGGUCAAUUACAGUGAUGAAGUUGAAAAAUAAAAAUCUUCCAAUCUGAACUCAAAAAUCCUAAGAGGCCCAACUCUGCUACUGAAGAGCUGUAAAACUCAGGCAUCGGUUUGAUCAUGUAAAUGUAUGAGUCUGUUUGGUCAUCUAAAAAUUUUAUUAUACCACAUACCCAAAUAAGAAUCACUGAUAUUACUCUAACAUACAGUGGGUCUCCCGUGCUCCUCUGUUACUGCGUGGUUUUUACAGCUGUUCUCACCCAGGCUAUAGCUAAAAGCUUGCUCCUUUCAGCACAUAAAUUUUCUCCAGCUCUAACAUUUGAGGAGGGCUGGGGUUGAGCAAUGACCUACAGCUUCUUCUUAAACUUUACAGUAAUCCAUUCAGUGAUGUAGUGAUUGAUGAUUUCCUUUUGCUCAUGAAGUUUAUCUCUCAUUGAAUACCAGGUUCAUUGUAUUUCAUCUGCUAGGAAUAUUACCUUUUUGAAAUAAUACUUAUAUUUAUAGUACCUGCUCACAAACUUGUACUAUUAAUGUUUUUGGCAUUUACCAUUAAUGCCUUCUAACCUGUCUAAAUGUUGACAUCCCCAGUUUUGUCAGACGACUGGAGAGUAAACCAAAAAACCAAACCCAGUGCCAUCGAGUUGAUUGCGACUCAUAGCAGCCCUAUAGGACAGAGUAGACUGAACUGGACUGGAGGUUAGAGGAGCUUAAAAUGACAUGGGUAGAGAAGCCAUUACAAUACUUCGCCUGUUCCAAAGGACUGUGGGUAGCCUCAAUAUACUUCAUACUGUGAUAAACAGCCAAUUUUCAGCAUGGAAUUUGGGUGCUAAUAAGUAGGACAGGAAGGUAAGACUGGAUUAAUAAGUGAUGUGCUCAUUCCUUUGCUUUUAUAUACCCCAUUUUUUCUCUUUGUGACUAAUUUGAAGAGUAGUAUUAUGUAUACCAUGUGGUAAACUUAACAUAGCAUUUUGAUUCUUUUUCUGUUUUUUAAAUUAAUUUUGUUAUAAAAUAAUAUUUGUUUUCAUUUUAGAAAAUAUAGAAGAAGGCAAUAAAAAUCAUAUGUUAAUUUCAGCCUCCAGCAAUAAUUUGCUGUCUCAAUCUUUCUCUUCAGGGAUUUUUAUUUUUCAAAUAAGUUCAUAUUGUAUAUGCCAUUUUGGUACCUGAGUUUUUUCAUUAACAUUAUAUCGUGAACAUCUUUCUAGAUUAUUUAAUUGCUUUCUCCACUAUUAUUUUAUAUGGCUGUAUAGUAUUGUGCAGCUAUUCAAUGAGUUAAAAGUUUCCUAUUGUUGAUCUCAGUUUUUUAUUAUUGUAUUAGUACUCUAAAAACAUCGAUAAACCUUUGGGUAGAAUUUCUUUUAAAUAAAAAAUAUAAUUGCAAAAUAAAAGAGGAUUCAAAAAUUUUUAAUUUUUAUACAUAAUCUUAAACUGCUUUUUCAUGAGUACGCUAUACUGAAAUAGCUUAAUAUACCAUUUAGAAAAAACCGGUAAGGAAAAUGGCUGGUUUAAAUACUAUGAGAACUCCAGAUAAUCUCUUAACAAGCUAUGAAGUUGGUAGCCUAAAGGCUUGGAGGUGAAAAUAAGUUACAAAGUUACUUUCUGCUAUCCUUAGGAAUAAUGGAUAAUAUCAUUAUGAGUUUCAAAAGUUAUGUUUAAAUAACAGCACAGGGCAUUUUACCAAUAUGUUAAAGCUAUGAUCUAAUACUGUUGUACAAGUUGCUUUUUCUUUUUUAAUUUAGUAACAUAUUGUUAACAUCUUCCCAUAUUACUACAUAUAGAUUCACCUUACUCUUUUUCAUUUCUCCAUGAUAUUCCAUGGUAUGAAUGUACUAUAUUCUAGUAAAUAAAUUCCCUAUUGAUAAUCAUUUAGAUUGUUUCCUUUUCUUCUCAGUCACAAAUGGUGGCACAUUGAAUGUCUUGUACAGACAUCCACAUGCUUUGUUAUUUCCAUAAAAUAAAUAAAAUGAUUCCAUAAAAAAUAAAGAAUGAUUCCAUAGAGUUCUAUAAAAUAAAUAGAUCUGCAGUGAUGGAAUUGCUUUAUGUUGGUCAUUGGUAGAAGGCAAUGAUAAGACUUGGAGCUCCAAUAUUAGAGCUCAAAUCCAGCCUCCACUACUUUCCAACUUUGGUGAGCUGAUUGACCUUACUAAAAAAUUAAGAUAAUCAUAAAACCCACUUAGUAGAAUUGCUGCGUUCUAUAUUCUAAUGAGAAAGUUGACAUAAAACAGUUACUACGUACCUGUUGCACGUGACACAUACUAAGUGCUGAAACCCCAAAGCGUCUGUCAGUUUGUCGUACUGUAGGGGCUUGCAUGUUGCUGUGAUAUGCCACUGGUAUUCAGAUACCAGCAGGGUCACCCAUGGAGGACAGGUUUCAGCUGAGCUUCCAGACUAAAACAGACUAGGUAGAAGGACCCGGCAGUCUACUUCUGAAAAGCAUUAGCCAGUGAAAACCUUAUGGAUAGCAGCGGAACAUUGUCUGAUAUAGUGCUGGAAGAUGAGCCCCCCAGGUUGGAAGGCACUCAAAAAAUGACUCCAAGUAGAGUCCACCUUAAUGAUGUGGAUGGAGUAAAGCUUUCGGACCUUCAUUCGCUGAAGUGGCACGACUCACAAUGAGAAGAAACAGCUGCAAAGAUCCAUUAAUAAUUGGAACCUGAAAUGUACAAAGUAUGAAUCUAGGAAAACUGGAAAUCAUCAAAAAUGAAAUGGAACACAUAAACAUCGAUAUCCUAGACAUUAGUGAGCUGAAAUGGACUGGUAUCGGCCAUUUUAAAUUGGACAAUCAUGUAGUCUACUAUGCUGGGAAUGACAACUUGAAGAGGAAUGGUGUUGCAUUCAUUGUCAAAACGAAUGUUUCAAGAUCUACGCUGAAGUACAAUGCUGUCAGUGAUAGGAUAAUAUCCAUACGCCUACGAGGAAGACCAGUUAAUACGACUAUUACUCAAAUUUACACACCAAACACUAGGGCCAAAAAUGAAGAAAUACACGACUUUUAUCAGCUGCUGCUAUCUGAAAUUGAUCAAACAUGCAAUCAAGAUGCAUUGAUAAUUACUGGUGAUUGGAAUGCGAAAGUUGGAAACGAAGGAGGAUCUGUAGUUGGAAAAUAUGGCCUUGGUGAUAGAAACAAUGCCGGAGAUUGAAUGAUAGAAUUUGGCAAGACCAACGACUUCUUCAUUGCAAAUACCUUCUUUCACCAACAUAAACGGCGACUAUACACAUGGACCUCACCAGAUGGAAUGCGGAAAUCAAAUUGACUGCAUCUGUGGAAAGAGACGAAGAAAAAGCUCAGUAUCAUCAGUCAGAACAAGGCCAGGAGCCGACUGUGGAACAGACCAUCAAUUGCUCAUAUUCAGGUUCCAGCUGAAACUGAAGAAAAUCAGAGCAAGUCCACAGGAGCCAAAAUAUGACCUUGAGUACAUCCUACCUGAAUUUAGAGACCAUCUGAAGAAUAGAUUUGACGCAUUGAACACUAGUGACCGCAGACCAGAUGAGUUGUGGAAUGACAUCAAGGAUAUCAUCCAUGAAGAAAGCAAGAGGUCAUCAAAAAGACAGGAAAGAAAGAAAAGAACAAGAUGGAUGUCAGAGGAGACUCUGAAACUUGCUCUUGAGCGUCGAGCAGCUAAAGCAAAAGGAAUAAUUGAUUAAGUAAAAGAACUGAACAGAAGAUUUCAAAGGGCGUCUUGAGAAGGCAAAGUAUUAUAAUGACAUGUGCAAAGAGGUGGAGAUAGAAAACCAAAAGGGAAGAACACGCUCGGCAUUUCUCAAGCUGAAAGAACUGAAGAAAAAAUUCAAGCCUUGAGUUGCAAUAGUGAAGAAUUCUAUGAAGAUAUUAAACGACACAGGAAGCAUCUAAAGAAGAUGGAAGGAAUACACAGAGUCAUUAUACCAAAAAGAAUUAGUCAAUGUUCAACCAUUUCAAGAGGUGGCAUAUGAUCAGGAACCAAUGGUAAUGAAGGAAGAAGUCCAAGCUGCUCUGAAGGCAUUGGCGAAAAACAAGGCUCCAGGAAUUGCUGGGAUAGCAAUUGAGAUGUUUCAACAAGCAGAUGCAGCACUGGCGGUGCUCACUCGUCUAUGCCAAGAAAUAUGGAAGACAGCUUCCUGGCCAACCGACUGGAAGAGAUCCAUAUUUAUGCCUAUUCCCAAGAAAGGUGAUCCAACCAAAUGUGGAAAUUAUAGAACAAUAACAUUAAUAUAACAUGCAAGCAAAAUUUUGGUGAAGAUCAUUCAAAAACGACUGCAGCAGUAUAUCGACAGGGAACUGCCAGAAAUUCAGGCUGGUUUCAGAAGAGGAUGUGGAACCAGGGAUAUCAUUGCUGAUGUCAGAAGGAUCCUGGCUGAAAGCAGAGAAUACCAGAAGGAUGUUUAAUUGUAUUUUAUUGACUAUGCAAAGGCAUUUGACUGUGUGGAUCAUAACAAACUAUGGAUAACACUGCAAAGAAUGGGAAUUCCAGAACACUUCAUUGUGCUCAUGAGGAACCUUUACAUAGAUCAAGAGGCAGUUGUUUGGACAGAACAAGGGGAUACUAAUUGGUUUAAAGUCAGGAAAGGUGUGCCUCAGGAUUGUAUUCUUUCACCAUACCUAUUCAAUCUGUAUGCUGAGCAAAUAAUCCGAGAAGCUGGACUAUAUGAAGAAGAACGGGGCAUCAGGAUUGGAGGAAGACUCAUUAACAACCUGCGUUAUCCACAUGACACAACCUUUCUUGCUGAAAGUGAAGAGGACUUGAAGCACUUACUAAUGAAGAUCAAAGACCACAGCCUUCAGUAUGGAUUGCACCUCAACAUAAAGAAAACCAAAAUCCUCCCAACUGGACCAAUGAGCGCCAUCACAAUAAACGGAGAAACGAUUGAAGUUGUCAAGGAUUUCAUUUUACUCGGAUCCACAACGAACAGCCAUGGAAGCAGCAGUCAAGAAAUCAAAAGACGCACUGCAUUAGGUAAAUCUGCUGCAAAGGACCUCUUUAAAGUGUUGAAGAGCAAAGAUGUCACCUUGAGGACUAAGGUGCGCCUGACCCAAGCCAUGGUAUUUUCAAUUGCAUCAUAUGCAUGUGAAAGCUGGACAACGAAUAAGGAAGACCGAAGAAGAACCGAUGCCUUUGAAUUGUGGUGUUGGCAAAGAAUAUUGAAUAUACCAUGGAAUGCCAAAAGAAUGAACAAAUCUGUCUUAGAAGAAGUACAACCAGGAUCCCCUUUAGAAGCAAGGAUGGCGAGACUGCGUCUUACAUACUUUGGACAUGUUGUCAGGAGGGAUCAGUCCCUGGAGGAGGACAUCACACUUGGCAGAGUACAGGGUCAGCCGAAAAGAGGAAGACCCUCAACGAGGUGAAUUGACACAGUGGCUGCAACAAUGAGCUCAAGCAUAACAAUUGUAAGGCUGGCUCAGGACCAGGCAGUGUUUUGUUCUGUUGUGCACAGGGUCACUGUGAGUCAGAACUGACUCGAGGGUACCUAACAACAAGUGCUAAAAUAUUCACUAUUCUUACAGAUUUCCUUCUUUAGUGAAUUUGUUUCUUGUGUUCAGUUUUCUUUUGGAUAAUUUGUCUUUCAUACUGAUUUAUAGGAGGAUUUUUUUAUAUUAAGAAUAUUUAUUAUUCUCUUUUAUACCUUUUAAAUAUUUUCGUAACAUAUCUGUUAUUUUGCUUUAUGGUGUUUUUUCCUGUAUUUUAAUUUUACAUUUUUGUUUAGUCAAAUGUAUCUGUCUUUUAUUUUAUGGUAUCUGGCUUUUGUGUGGAGCCCUGAUGGUAUAAUAGUUAAUAGCUUGGCUGGUAACCAAAAGGUCAGCAGUUCAAAUCCACCAGCCACUCCUUGGAAACCCUGUUGGGCAGUUCUACUUCACCCUGUAGGGUUGCUAUGAGUUGAAAUAGACUCAUCGGCGAUGGAUUUGGUUUUUGAUUUUGGCUUUUGCAUCAUGCCAGGAAAGAAAAUCACUACCCCAAGAUUAUGAAAUUAUCUUCCUGUGUUUAGUUCUAGAGAUUUUAUCAUUUUUAUUUCCUACGUGUAAGUAUUUAUUUAUAUCUUUAAUGUGACAAACAUUGCUCCCGCCUCCCCCGCCCAGGGACAUAUGGGAAAUUCUAGGGUCCUUUUUGAUUAUUACCAGGAUUGAGAAGGCACUACUGGCAUUCAGUGGUCAGAGCCAGGGAUGUCUGCCAUACUGCUGCAAUGCUAGGGAUAGUCCCUCAACAAAGAAUUCCAGAGUUCUGCUUGGCAGAUCUUACUGUUGCUUUCUGCCAGCGACUAACAUAUGAAAAGUAAGCAUCAAAGAAUUAUAAUAAAAAUAACUAUGGGAUUCAUCCGUUGCUUCUCAGAUUAGCUGACUUUAAAAAUAAUGAUAAUACCUCAGCAUGGGUAGACAUUAUAAAUUUCAGGUAACAAGGUUAGGUAUGUACGUUAGCGCAACUUAUUUUGUUUUAUUGUUUACUGUCCCUUUUCAUGGUAGUAUGAUUCUGUUUUGUUGAAAACAAAGUUAGAAAUUUUCAGUCUUACCUCCUGUUUUUUGCAUUACAUCUCUUUGGAUGCUACUUGCGCUGUUUGCUGUGAUUGGUCACCUAGACCUUUCUCUUUUCAGCUGCCGAUUUUACUUUUAUACUGGUAAUCCUUUAGUUCAGGCCUUUACCAUGUAUCACAAUGGUCAAAUAAGUCAUUCCUUAUUAUUUUAUACAUUUUCAUUUAAUAUAGGUAAGAGUAAGAUGAUAGAGUUUGAGUUUAUAUCUUCUACUGAUGUUUUUUUAAGAAUAGUACUACAAAGAUUGAUAAAGACAUAGCAUAUAAAUAAUUUCCCAUAAGUUUCAUAUCUGUCAGUUUUUUAAAAAGAAAAUACCACAAAAGUAGCUGGGGUAAAAAAAAAAAAAAGACUUUUCUAGAAUAUGAAAGCAUCUUUGGAGAUUAUGAUAAAAAGGUAGAUAUCUGUAGCUUCUAUGGCAUUUCUGUAGCAAGUGCAGAAAUGGAUUUCUUACUGCUGUUUCUUAUUUGCUUUUCAGUUUAAAAAAUGGAGUUUCUUCAAAGGGCUAAGAUAUAGCCCUAGUUUGUAGCAUUUUGGGGGUUAUGUUUUAUCUAACGAUAGAACUUACAAUACUUAGAACAACGGAUGAAUUACAUCACUUUCAUUCAGAUAAUUUUCCACAUUCUUGUUCUGUAAGCUAGAACUUGCAUAGAAGCUAGAGAGAAAGUGGUUUUUCAUAGUUGCUAGUCUGGGUUUUAGUUCAAGACAUACCCAUAUAAUUUUUUUUAAUAAUUUAUUUUUCUUCUUGUUGAGAGUAUGCACAGAACGUAAACCAAUUAAACAAUUUCUACAUGUACAAUUCAGUGACAUUGAUUACAUUCUUCAAGUUGUGCAGCCAUUCUCACCCUCUUUUUCUGAAUUGUUCCUCCCCCAUUAACAUAAACUCAUUGUCCCCUAAGUUUCCUAUCUACUCUUUCAAGUUGCUGUUGUCAGUUUGAUCCCUGUAGAUAGUUCUUUAAAAGAGCACCAUGCUCAAGGCAGACAUUCUUUCCUGAUUAAGCUAAAUUGUUGUUUGGUUUAAAGAAGACUUCAGGGGAUAUUUUUAGUUUAAGGUUUAAAGAUUAUCUCAGGGAAAUAGUUUCAUCAAUCCUCAAUGGCUCCAGAAAGUCUGAAUUCCAUGAGAAUUUGAAAUUCUUUUCCACAUUUUUCCCCUUUUGUUAAGGAUUCUUCUAUAGAAUCUUUGAUGGAAAUAUUCAGUUAUGGUAGCUGGCACCAUUCAGUUCUUCUGGCCUUAUGUCAAAGGAGGCAGUUGCCGAUGGAGGCAAUUAGCCGUGCAUUUUGUUUCCUUCUAUUCCUGACUAUCCUUCUUCCUCUGUUGACAUAUCUAUGUAUUCUUGAAAGCCAGAUGAACAAAGCGUAAAGUUAACAUGGUCUUUAAUAAUUAAAGCAACUAACCAGAACACACACCUGGAUGGAGAAGUAAUUAAGCCUCUGUACAUAAAGGAACACCUGUAUUUAAACCACCACUGUUGCUGCCACCACCAUCAUUAUCAUCGUUGUCAUCAUAUCUCUUAAGUACCUAAUCUGGCAGGCACUAGUCUCAGGGCUUUUUAUGGGUUAUCUCAUUUAAUUCUCGAAAGAACCAAGUAAGGUAGAUAUUAUUAUCCUCAUUUUUCAGAUGUGGAAACUGAGGCAGAGAGCAUCUAAGUAACUUGCUCAGGGCCUCAUAGCUAGGAAAAAAAAAAUUCACACAGAGACACAGAGUGAGUAAAAAGCCCAUACUGAUACUGCAUCUUCAAUAAACGUUUAGGGUCUGCUGUAGCACGUGGAAAAAAGUGUUGACUAAAAAUAGAUUUCUUUCGCAAGUAGUUUAUGUAAGGUAAAAACAUGACGUUUAAAUUAUUCUUUAACACUUUUAUUGAGAUAUAAUUCAUAUACCCUAUAACUUACCCAUUUAAAGUGUACAAUUCAUUAAUUUUAGUAUGUUCACAGUUGUGCAACAAUCACCACAAAUCAAUUUUCAAAUGUUUUCAUAGCCCCAAAAAGAAACCCUGUACCCGUUAGUAGUCAUUCCCCACUCUUCCUUACCCCUACGUCAGCUGUGUGCAAUCACUAAUCUGUUCUCUGUCUCUAUAGAUUUGCCUAUCCUUGACAUUUCAUACAAAUAUGUAUGAAUAUGUAAUCUUUUGUCACUGGCUUUAAUUUAGCAUAAUGUUUUCAAGGUACAUCCAUGUUAUAGCAUUUAUCACAAUGUCAUUCCUUUUUAUUGACAUAAUAUUUCAUUGUGUGGAUAUACCACAUUUUGUUUAUCCAUUCAUCCACUGGUGAACAUUUAGGCUGUUUCUACUUUUUGCUAUUUUGAAUAAUAGUGCUAUGAAUAUAGCACCCAAGACUUUUUGUGCACAUGUUUUCUUUUCUCGUGGGUAUAUACCCAGGGGUGGAAUUGCUGGAUAAUUAAUAUUUGAAGAACUGCCAAACUCUUUUCCAAAGCUGCUGCACCAUUUCACAUCUCACCAGCAACAUACAAGGGUUCCAGUCUUUUUUUUUAUCAUGUUUUGAGUGAAAGUUUAUAAAUCAAGUCAGUCUCUCAUGCAAAAAUUUAUAGACACCUUGCUUUGUACUCCUAGUUGCUCUUCCCCUAAUGAGACAGCACACUUUUCUCUACCCUGAAUUCCUUGUGUUCAUUCAGCCAGCUCCUGUCCCCCUCUGCAUUCUCAUCUCCCCUCCAGACAGGAGCUGCCCACAUGGUCUCAUGUGUCUACUUGAGCCAAGAAGCUCACGCCUCACCAGUAUAAUUUUCUAUCUUAUAGUUCAGUCCAGUGCCUGUCUGAAGACUUGGCUUUGGGAAUGGUUCCAGUCUUGGGCUAACAGAAGGUCUGGGAACUGUGACCUCCAGGGUCCUUCUAGUCUUAUACCAUUAAGUCUGGUCUUUUAAUGAGAAUUUGAGGGGUGCAUUCCACUGCUCUCCUGCUCCAUCAGGGAUUUUCUGUUGUGUUCCCUGUCAGGGCAGUCAUUGGUUGUAGCCGGGCACCAUCUACUUCUGGUCUCAGGCUGAUGGAGUCUCUGAUCUAUGUGGCCCUUUCUGUCUCUUGAGCUUCUAAGAGUCUUUGGUGUUCAUCAUUCCCGUUUGCUCCAGGCGGGUUGAGACCAAUUGAUGUAUCUUAGAUAGCCACUUGCAAGCAUUUAAGACCCCAGAUGCCACUCACCAAAGUGGGAUGCAGAAUGUUUUCUUAAUACAUUUUGUUAGUCAGUUGGCCUAGAUGUCCCCUGAAACCAUGGUCCCCAGACCCCCGCCCCUGCUACUCUGGCCUUCGAAGCGUUCAGUUUAUUCAGGAAACUUCUUUUCUUUUGGUUUAGUCCAGUUGUGCUGACCUCUCCUAUAUUGUAUGUUGUCUUUCUCUUCACUUAAAAUAGUUCUUGUCUACUAUCUAAUUAGUAAAUACCCCCUCCCUCAUGCCCUCCCCACCUCUGUAACCAUUUGAGAAUAUUUUCUUCUGUGUUUAAACUAUUUCUUGAGUUCUUAUAAUGGUGGUCUCAUAAAAUAUUUGUCCUUUUGCAACUAAUUUCACUCAGCGUAAUCCCUUCCAGAUUCCUCAGUGUUAUGAGGUGUUUCAUGGAUUCAUCAUUGUUCUUUAUCCAUGCGUAGUAUUCCGUCAUGUGAAUAUACCAUAAUUUAUUUACCCACUCAUCUGUUGAUGGGCACCUUGGUUGCUUCCAUCUUUUUGCUAUUGUAAACAGUGCUGCAGUGAACAUGGGUGUGCAUAUGUCUGUUCAUGUAAAGGCUCUUAUUUCUCUAGGAUAAAUUCCAAGGGGUGGGAUUCCAGAUCGUAUGGUAGUUCUCUAUUCCCAGCUUUUUAAGGAAGCACCAAAUCGAUUUCCAGAGGGUUCCAGUCUUGACAUAUCCUCUCCAACACUUGUUAUUGUCUGUCUUUUUUUAUUUUGCUGUCCUAGUAAAAUGUGAAGUGGUAUCUUAUUGUGGUUUUAAGUUGCAUUUUCCUAAUGUGUAGUGAUGUCUAGCUUAUGCUCAUUGGCCAUUAUUAUAUCUUCCUUGGAGAAAUGUUUAUUCAGAUAUUUUUACCCACUUUUUUAAUUGAGUUUUCUUUUUGGAGUUCUGGUGGCACAGUAGUUGAGAGAUCAGCUGCUAACCAAAAGGUCAGCAGUUUGAAUCCACCAGCCGCUGCUUGUAAAUACUAUGGAGCAGCUCUACUGUGUCCUAUAAGGUUGCUGUGAGUCGGAAUCAACUCAACGGCAAUGGGUUUGGUUUAUUUAUUUUUUUAGUAAGUUAUAAAAGUUCUGUAUAUAUUCCAGAUACAAGUCCCUGUCAGAUACAUGAUUUGCAAUUAUUUUUUUGCCUACACUGUGGGUUGUCUUUUCACUUUCUUAAUUGUAUCCUUUGCAGCACAAAAGUUCUGUAUUUGAUGAAGUCUAUUUUAUUAUUUUUUCUUUUGUCUCUUGUGCUUUUGGUAUUUUAUCCAGGAAUGCUUUACCUAACCCCGAGGUCACAAAGAUUUACUCUUAUGGUUUAGGAGUUUUAUAGAUUUAGCUCUUACAUUUAGGUCUAUGAUCUGUUUGGAACUAAAACUUGUGCAAAGAAGUUUUAUUCUUUUGCAUGUGGACAUCUAGUUGGCCUAGUGCUGUUUGUUGAAAAGAUUGUUCUUUCCCCCAUUUAAUGAUCAUAGAACCCUUGUCAAAAAUAAAUUAAUCAUAAAUGUAAGGGUUUAUUUGUUGACUUUCAGUUCUGUUUCAUUGAGCUAUAUGUAUAUCCUUAUGCCAGUACCACACAGUCUUAAUUACUGUAGCUUUGUAGCAAGCCUUGAAUUGGUAAGUAUGAGUCUUCUAACUUUGUUCUUCCUUUUCAAGAUUGUGUUGGGUAUUCGUGAUUUUGCAUAUGGAUUUUAGCAUGAGCUUGUCAAUUUCUGUAAAAUCACCAACUGAAUUUGCAUUAAAUUUGUAGGUCAAUUUGGGGAAUCUUGUCAUUUUAACAAUAUUAAGUCUUCUGAUUCAUAAGCAUGGGAUGUAUUUCCAUUUAUUUAGGUCUUCUUUAAUUUCUUUCAACAAUGUUUUAUAGUGUUCAAAGUACUCAUCUUGCACUUUUUUUUAAAUAUUCAUAAGUGUUUUCUUUUUUAUGCUAUUGUAAAUGGAAUCGUUUCCUUGAGAUUUCAGAUUGUUUAUUGCUGGUAUAUUGAAGUACAGUUGGUUUCCUAUGUUGAUCCUGUAUUCUGCAACCUGCUGAGCUUGUUUAUUAGUUCUGAUAGUUGUUCUGCAGAUUCCUGAGUGUUUUCCAUAUACAGGAUCAUGUCAUCUGCUAAUGGGGAGAGUUUUACUUCUUACAUUCCAAUCUUGGUAUCUUUUUUGUUUUUUUCUCUGCCGAAUUCCUUUCCCUACCAUCACCAGUACAGUGUUGAAGAGAACUGGUGAAAGUGGACAUCCUCGUCUUGUUCCUGAUCUUAGGGGAAAAGCGUUCGGUCUUUCUUGUUUAAGUAUAACGUUGUUAAUUCCCAUCAAGUCGAUUCUGACUCACGGCCACCCCAUGUUGUUAGCUGUGGCUUUUUUAUAGAUGCUUUUUAUCAGGCUGAGGAAGUUCCUGUCUGUACCUUGUUUAUUGAGUGUGAUGUUUAAAUUAUACAAUUAAAAACACAUAAUACUGCAUUUUUCCACUGGAUUCAACAUUUCGAAUUUUAGAAUCUACAUCAUACAGAAAUUGCAGUAAGUAAAAUACCCUUCCAUUAUAUUAGCAGCAUGGUCUGGUGCUUCUACUGUCUGCCUAUAUGAACUUGGGCAGCUUUAGCUUCUGUGCAGUUGAAUUUCAUCAUUUAUAAAAUAAAGUUUGACAUUAGUGCCUACAUCGUAGAACUUUAUAGAGAUUAAUCUGUUUACAAGUAAAAGCGUUUUGACCCACUGUAAAUGCUAAUAUGUCUUAGUUUUUAUUAAAAUAUGUAUAAUUUAUGCAUGAGUUAUCCCAGCAUAUUUUUUCACACAUACGGUUUAUUUAGAAAGGCAUUGUUUUAAGGAAAUCACAUAUUUUUAUUCGAAGGUUUAUUAAAUUUCUUGGUGUUUUAUGAUACAUAAAUUGGUUAUAAUAUUCAAGUAAACUUGUCUAUGGCUACAUAUCUAAAAUCAGGUAAUAGAAGACUCAAAAAUCCUUGUUCAGUUGUUGGAAAGUUUUUAAGUUCAUGUUGUUUGUAUCUAUGCCUUGCCUAUUCCUAUAGAUGACUUCAGUUCUUCAGAUCCUGUUUUAAAAAGUUUGAGAGGCAUCUUCCUGAUUUUGAUAAUUUUAACUAAGCUACUUCCUAAGAGGACAUGAAUUAGUAGCUAUGAAAAGCAACAAACAUAUCUAGCCAUUAGGGACUAGAUCAUUAAGGAUAUCCCAAAAUUUAAAGAAGUAAGUUUCUGGCCUUUUUAUAUCAGAGUAAAAAAAAAUUAUAUAGUAUUCCGAGAAUUCCUUUGAAUUUUUAUUGAAAGAGAGAAAGGAGACAGAUAUAAUGUUUUCUUAUUGUUAUGAGUUAGACAUAUAGAUAUGAGAAGUUUCAAAAUGAAAUCCUUUGGAUUUCUUUGGAAUCAGCGAUGGGAUUAUCAAUUUCAACAUGUUGAUUUUCUUGCAUUUUUGGAUAACCAUUGCAUGUGAUUUAUCCUCAUCCUAUAGAACUUGAAUACCAUUUUUAAAUCUUUCUUUUUACUGUCCGGAAAAAGUAGGUUUGAAUGACCCCACAUACACUUUUGAUAAAAAUUAAUUUUGCACAAGCAACCAUUAGAACACAAUUGCUAAUCAAUCCAAACCAAAUCCAGUGCCAUCAAGUCGAUUCCGACUCAUAGCGACCCUAUUAGACAGGGUAGAACUGCCCCAUAGAGUUUCCAAGGAGCACCUGGCAGAUCCGAACUGCUGACCCUUUGGUUAGCAGCCAUAGCACUUAGCCACUAUGCCACCAGGGUUUCCCAAUUGCUAAUAGCUAGGUAAAAUAAUACAAGGGGCCAGAGCACCAAAAAUACUUACCUCAAACUCUUGGAUUAAAGUAAUUCCCUUUCUCCUUAGGCCCUCACUAAUUUUAUUGACUCUUAAGAUAGAUUUCUAGUUGUCUAAUACCCAAAUGUUUAAAAGCAAUACCUGAAUAUAUUUAUUUAUAUAGAAGUAUUUUAAUAGAAAAGAGAUGACUUUCAUUAAGAGAGGAAUCUAAAAAAAUGAGACACAAAAUAAUACUGUGACCAAAAAACCAAACCCACUGCCGUCGAGUCGAUUCCGACUCAUAGCAACCCAAUGGGACAGGGUAGCCCCAUAGAGUUUCCAAGGAGCACCUGGUGGAUUUGAACUGCUGACCUCUUGGUUAGCAGCCAUAGCACUUAACCACCAUGCCACCAGGGUUUCCAAUACUGUGACAGUUUAUCAAAAUAGAUGGAUUGGAAUUAAAUAAAGUUAAAAAUAUUACUUGACGUGUAUCAUAUAUUUUAGAAUGCUUUUCUUCAAAAGAUGUACUUUUUUAAAGAUUUUUGAUGUUUGAAAAGUAAAUAUCAGCUAAUUACAAAAUUAGUUAACACUUCAUUUCCAAAAAACUGCAUAAAUGAGAUCUUUUAUUCUCUUAACUGUUCCCUCAGCUUUGCUUGAUAAAAUAACAGAUAAAAUGGUAUCCAUUCAUUAAGCUGUUUUUUGCCUGUAUUCGGUAAACUGUGUUAGACUCAAAAUGCCAAAUAAACAGUCAAUAAUGCUAAAAGUAGAUGUGAAAUCAGGCUUUGUAAAUUGUAAAGUAAUAUGGUGGUGUAGCGGUUAAGUACUAUGGCUGCCAACCAAGAGGUCGGCAGUUCAAAUCCACUAGGCGCUCCUUGGAAACUCUGUGGGGCAGUUCUAUUCUGUCCUCUAGGGUCGCUGUGAGUCAGAAUCAACUUGACAGCAGUGGGUACACAGAGGUUUAUUUGUGGCAGUUUUCAUCACCUUCAGGGCUACAUCUUGCUUUAUUUUUACUGUUGCUUUUUUUUUUAAGGUACAUAGGCUAUCUGUAUGAACUGAAUAUGGGAGGUCAUACGUAAGUCAAGGGAAUGGCGUAGUCAAAAGCAGAGAGGACUAAGGAUAGAGAGAUGGUGGUGGGUAGUGGAUUGUUGAGUGGGAUGUAGUGAGAGCAGAGAUUAUGCAACUUGGUGUUCUCAUCAAGCACUGCUCUUCUCAAGUUUUAUCUUAAAUCCUAAUUUUUUUUUAAGUCUCUUCUUUAUCACAUAUGUUGGCACAUAAUAAGUACUUAAUAAAUAUUUGUGGAAUUAUUAAAAACUGAGGAGUGUGAACCUUAUUCUAUAGUAGUGGGAAACCUUUCAAAGUUUCAAGCUAAGAGUGUCAGCUAAAUAGACUUAUGUUUUUGGAAAAUGAGUUUGAUAUGAAUUAACAUGGGGAGUUUAGAAACAAGGAGUUUAGAAGGCUAUUAUAAAACAAGUGAGAGAUGUAUGCAAGUUAUGGGACCUUAAAAAGAAGGGAAAAUGUUAGAAACUAUGGGUAUAAAUUCAGUAGUGUUUGGUGACUGGUGAUUGGCUAGAUUAGGAGGCUUCUAAAAAGAAUAAGAGCCUGAAGUGAUUCUGAGGUUUCUAGUAUGAAAGUUUAUGGUUUCAUUAACCCAUAUGUGGAACAAAUAUCAAAGUAAGACUGGGGAUUAAUAAGAUGUAUUGUGUUUUGAAUAUGUUCAUUGCACAUUGACAAUGCGAUAUCUACUUGGAAAUAUCCACCAGACUACUGGAAAUAGUCCUGUACUAUUCACAAAUGAGAGGUUGGUCUAAGGGAAAGAAUCUAAAUAGAUCCGAGUUGACGCAGUUAAAAUAGAUGAAGUCCCUAAGGGAGGUGUCUGUGCAGGGAGAAGACUGCUGAGAACAGAAACUUGGGGGACAUGUAUGUAAAGUUGGGCAGUAGAAGAGAACAUUUAGAAAGCCAAGAACUCUGAAGAGUGAAAGAUCAGACAAGGCAAAGGACAGAUUAGGAAGAAAGCGUUGAUAAUGCCUUCAGUUAUGACAAUUAACAUGAAUGUGCAAUUGUCCAUGGUGUUUUUUUAAGAAACUAAUUUCAAGAGCAAUAUGUGUGUUUUAAAAAAUUUACUGAGUUUAAGAAGAUAGUGAAAAUUAAGUGCUUAUUGAGAAUUCUUCUUUUGGCUCAAAAGGUGUAUUUAUUUCAUUUUAUGUAAGUGCUUAUAAGCUAUGUUUCUAAUUUACAUACAUUAUAAAAAUAGAAUAGUGGCAAACAUCUUGUUUUUGCCUUUUUCUAAUCCAUUCUUCAUAGUGCAACCAUAAUCAUCUUUCUAAAAGGUGAAUGUGAUCAUGAAAAACAUGUAAUGAACUAUAUAAAUUCUUAUGCUAUUCCUUGCUAUUCCUUCUGCUUGAAAUACUCUUCCUGAUAGUCUCUGCCUUCUAAUUCAGUACUCAUCUUUAAUGUCAUCUUGGAAGCCUAUCUUCAUCCUCAAAGGUGCUUCCAGCAUAGCCCAAUAGCCUGUGUGUUUAACUCCUUUUAAUUCUUAUCACAUUAUACACCUACUUAUCAUUUACCAACUAUCUUGUUAUCCAACAUUCAAUAUUUACGACAAUAAAAAAAAAAUCUACAUUCUGACUAUUCUGCACAUUAACGAUGUACGACUGGCAGUUAAUGAAUGCCAAAGUGCAAGGUGAGAGUAACUCUGGCUGUGAUGGGUAAGGUUAUGUGUCAGCUUGCCUGGGCCAUGACUCUCAGUGGUUUGACAGUUGUGUAAUGAUGUGAUUUGGCAGUUAUAUAAUUACGUUGUUGUCCUCCAUUUUGUGAUCAGAUGUGGUCAUCCUCCACUUCACAUAAUGUCGAUUCUCACAUAAUGACCUGCUCUUUGGAAUAUGACUGUAUCAAUAAGGGAGGAGUGUACUGAAGGUGCCUUAUUUUUCUGUCUCUUUCACAGUCUAGGACUGUGUAGCCAACAAAAGGGGCAUGGCUGUCAUUUAAUAGACUCAGUGAGAAUGAAUGAAUGAUAGUGUAAAAUGUUUUCAGAAUUUUUCUAAGUAAUUUUUAAACAUUGGCUAUAAAUUUUUUUUGGUGUGCUGAAAAGGAAAGUAAAAAAAAUAAAUUAUACAGCUAUGCGACACUACCUUAGAAGGAAAUGAAAAAUGUACUGGUAGUACAAGAGAAUGCUUUCUUCUCUCUUUGGCCGUUUUAAGAGGAAGCAAUAACUAAAAUAAAGAUGUGUCCAAGAAGUCUAUUAACUAGCCAGCCAGAACAUUGAGAAUUGUAGGUCAAAAGUAGGUACCUUUAAAAGAAAAUGUGCUAGAGAUUUUGGAUGAAGAAGUAUAAUUUUGGUUAUUAGGUGACUAAAUAUGGCCUUCCAUACAUGAUAACCGUAAUGUUCAUGCUAGCUGUCACUACUGUAUAUAAACCAAAAAAACCAAACCUAUUGCCGUCAAGUAAUUUCCAACUCAUAGCAAUCCUAUAGGACUGAGAAGAACUGCCCCGUAGAGUUUCCAAGAGGUGGCUGGUGGAUUAGAACUUCCUGUUGGUUAGGAGCGGAGCUCUUAACCACUGUGCCCCCAGGGCCCCUCACCAUAUAUAGUGAGUGCUUUCUCCUGUUUCCCUCCUAUACUCCCCACACACACCAAAAAGAAAAAACUAACAAAGCUAUCUUUUGUACUUAGUUUCUCAGGCUGCGAUAGUAUAUGAAUUAGGGUGUAAAGAAGAGGCCUCUAACCUGGGCUAUUUUAAUAAUGGAAGCAAUGAUAAUACCGUCUUUUUCUCCCUAGAUUCUUACACUUAAGUUGUAGUUGGAAGUCCCUGUUCCAACAGGAUGGAUAGUAGACACAUGUACAACACACACCUUACUCAAGGAGGCAUGUCAGAAUGCACUUAAUUGAGAGACAGAGUCUAAUUCACACUAUAAGGCUAUCUUGAAUUUUCCUUAAACUGUUUUGCAGACUUUGGUAUAUAAUAUUAGUAACAACUUACUUGUGAUACCCUAAUUUAGAAACACUUCUUUAAAAAGCAUGUCUUCAUAUCUUACUUUACUGAUUCUUACAAUAGUCCUGUACUUUUUGGUAGACUAGGUCUUGGUAUUCUGAAGGCCAGUAACAAGUAGUUGCCCAAGGACCCACAUAAAGAAAUUAAGUUUUCCGCUGGACACCCUUUUAACGCAGUAUUAAAGUCACUCCUGAGGUUCACCCUUCAGCCAAAGAUUAGACAGGCCCAUAAAACAAACAAUAAUACACGUAGCUUAACCGUGUAUAUGAGACUUAAUGGGCACACCAGCCCAAGGACAAGGACAAGAAGGCAGUAGAAGACAGGAAAACUGGACAGAUGGAAAUGGGGAACCCAAGGUCAAGAAGGGUAGAGUGUUGACACGUGGUAGGGUUGGCAACCAGUGUCACAAAACAGUAUGCGUGUUGUUGCAUGAGAAGCUAAGGUGCUUUGUAAACCUUCACCUAAAGCACAAUUUUUUUUAAAUCCUUAAAAAAAGAAAUUAAGUUUCUUGCUCUGUAGGCUGGACCUUUUUCCUUCAUGCCAUAUUGCUAUGUAAUGGACUAAAAAAGAUAAUCAGCACAAAAAAGUUAUGCAUAAAUUUUCAUAUAGAUGUAUUUAUAUAUACACAUAUACACACAUGCAUACGUUACAUUUAUACAUACGCAUACACACACACACACAACAUGCCUGUGUUAGCAGUGAGUUACUCUUUAAAUAUUUGAAACAUACUCUACCAGCAAAUAUCUAAAGCUUCAUUUCCACUUCUGUCUUAGUAAAAUGUUAAUUAAAAUGAAUGAGUUUUCAUGUGCCUAACAUGUUUGCACUUAUCCUUAUUUAUUAUGCCAGUUUCCUUUCUAUUUAAGAAAACAUCUGGCAUCUGAUCAAAUGUUCCUAUCAGCACAACUGUAAUGUUACUUAAACUUUAGUGCAAAGUUUUGAUCUCUAAAAGUUUAAGCUUUACCUCUAUUUAAGGCUACCAAUUUGAAAUUGCUUUUUUGUCAUUUUUAUAAAGAUCUCUAAAAUGCCUUCACCCUUUUACCCAUUCAACUUGAAUUUUAAAGAUUUUUCACACUCCAGAAAAAUUAAAAGCAGCAAAGACAUGUUAGCAGUCCUGACCAGGAAAAUGGAACACAGGUUAUGUCUGAGGAAAGCUUAAGGGACUACUAAUCCAAACUAAUCUCUCAGGUCUAAAUGUCUAAAAAGAUAGCCUCAGUGGAAAUACAGCUAACAGUGUACCAUAGUGACAUAGUAUACCAUAAUGAUUGUCACUGUAUUAGAAGUGUCACUGAGCAUUAUUUUUAAAAAAUGAAUAUUUUGUUGGUAAUAAAGUUUGGGAAUAUGGCAAAUGAUAAUGUUGAAUUUUGAGGGAAGAAUUCACUAGUUCUAAAUGUACUUGCCUUUUUCGUGGCCGUAAACUACAAUAAUUGAUAAUUCAGGCAUCACAAGUAAGUUUUACUGAAUAAGUUAAUAGGCAAAGACAGAAUUUGGUACUCAGGUUUGAUUUAUCAUUGUAUAUUUUUACUAUGGGCUAGAAUUGACUCAGCAAUAGCGGGUUUGGUUUUUUGGUUUUUAUGGGCCUUAAUUUUUACUUUCAGUACUAACUUCCAUAUAUUAAAAAAAAAAAAAAAUAGAAUACUUAAAAAUAAUUUAACAACAUUCUAAAAUUUUGACUACCUCCUGUAAUUGACACUUGCAGAUUUUCUAAUUAAUAAGAUUUUUCUAUUGUUGAAAUGUUUGUGAUUCAAAUACCAUUUUCGUAUUUAAGUAACUUCAUAACGUGGCAAACAAUAUUAGUGGCUUCUGUACACCUUAAAACAAUUGCAUUAUAGAACCGUGGAUCUAGAAGCAAACAAAGUCUCUGAAUAUUUGGGGAAAUAAUAGCUUCAAAGCCCAUCCAUUUUGCCCUAAAAGAGAGGAGUAUUACCAUCCUUAUUUUGAGGAAAAAAAAAAAAAAGUUAAUACAAAUUUUACUGUAACUGAUUAAAUAACAUCAGUCUUCUGGUUUCUUCUGACAGUUCUCAAUUUUUCCUUCAUAGUAGAUUACAGACACUGUACUUCUAGAAGCUGACAUAGUAUAGCAAUGACACUGUGCACCUCAAGUGCCUUUGGAGUGUCAUUCUUUUAUAACAGUACAGCAAGUGAUGAACUAGGUCACUAACACUAUGCAAAAUUAUUUUUUAAAUGUUUACUAUGGCAGUGACAUUUCUGUUUGUUAUCAUACCAUCACCUACAAACAAGUGUCUAGAAAAUCUUUACCCAAUUUAAAACUUUCCUUUGAGAUGGUCUAACUUAAAAUAUAACCUAUGUGACAUAAACAGAAUUCAUUCUGGGAGCACAGGGAACCUGUCUCACAAACCAUUAAAAUUACCAUACCAAAGAGGUUCUACUGACUCCUGAUCAAGAGAGACUUACUGUUGUUGCUACUGGUGUUGUUACUGUGUGCUGUCAAAUUGGUUCUGACUUAUAUCGACCCUGUGUACAACAGAAUGGAACACUGCCACGUCCUGCGCCACCCUCACAGUCAUUGCUAUACUUGAGCCCAUUGCUGCAGCCACUGUGUCAAUCCAUCUUGUUGAGGGUCUUCUUUUUCACUGACCCUCUGCUUACCAAGCAUAAUGCCCUUCUCCAGCAACUGAUCCUUCCUGAUAACAUGUGCAAAGUACCUGAGACAAGUCUCCUUAUCCUCACUUCAAAGGAGUAUUCUGGCUGUACUUCUUCCAAGACAGAUUUGUUGGUUCUUCUGGCAGUCCAUGGUAUAUUCAAUAUUCUUUGCCAUCACCAUAAUUCAAAGGCAUCUAUUCUUCUUCAGUCUUCUUUAUUCAUUGUCCAGCUUUUGCAUGCAUAUAAGGCGAUUAAAAAUACCAUGGCUUGGGUCGAGCGCACCUUAGUCCUUAAAGUGACAUCUUUGCUUUUUAACACUUUAAAGAGGCCUUUUGCAGCACAUUUGCCCAGUGCAAUGUGUCUUGAUUUCUUGACUGCUGCUUCCACGAGCAUUGAUUGUGAAUCCAAGUAAAAUUAAAUCCUCAAAAACCUCAGUCUUUUCUCUGUUUAUCACAACGUUGCUUACUGGUCCAUUGUGAGGAUCUUUGUUUUCUUCAUCUUAAAGUAUGAUCCAUACUAAACACUGUGGUUUUUAAUCUUCAUCAGUAAGUGCUUCAAGUCUUCUUCACUUUCAGCAAGUGGGGUUGUGUCAUCUGCAUAACGCAGGUUGUUAAUGAGUCUUCCUCCAAUCAUGAUACUGCACUCUUCUUCAUAUAGUCCAGUUUUUCAGAUUAUUUGCUCAGCAUACAGAUUGAAUUAAGUAUGGUGAAAGGAUACAACCCAGACGCAUACGUGUCCUGACUUUAAACCACACAGUAUCCCCUUCUUCUGUUUGAAGAGCUGUCUCUUGGUCUAUGUACAGGUUCCUCAUGAGCACAAUUAAGCCUUCUGGAAUUCCCAUUCUUUGCAUAGAGAGACAUACAUGUGUAUGAAGACACUGUGGAAGGAGAAAGCACUGAUGUUAAAUAGGAAUCUCCAAUCAAACUUGCCAAAUUGCAAGACUGUAUCUGCUUUCCAGCUGCUUCUCAUAUAGCAUGCUCCAGCAUAAGCAGCAGCAGGGAUUUACUCAUUUAAUGAUGGCUAAUAAUUCUCCUGGGCAAGGCUAGGGAGCUAAUAUAAAAUAUAUUGAGAAAGCUGACCGAAGUUGCUUAGACCCAAAAUAGUUUAGACACUUAAUAAGUGAAUCUUCACUUACCUGAAAACUGCAUUCAUUCAUAGCAUCUCAUUUCUGGGUAAUAAGAGAUGAAAGAGGGGCUCUUUAUGAUAAGAAGUACCAUAGAGGUUAUUUAAGAGGACUUAUUUUGUUGCUGUUUUUGUAAAAAGGAAUUAUCAGUCAAGUUAUAUUAUCAGUUACAGUAACUGCAGUGAUCACUUGGCCCUAUUCUAAAAUAGAAAUUAAUUAGGACUUACGAGUUGACAAAACUGCUCAUAGACUCUGAGCUUUUUGAGUUUAGGGGGAUGUCUUGGUCAUUUUUAUACUUCCGACAGGUAGAUACACUGCAUGGCGUGUAAUAAGUGUUCCAUAAAUCUUGAGUGAAUAAACAAAUGAAUGGCCUUGGUAUGUAAGUCAGACAGAAAUUCUAUUUUAACUUAGUUUUAUGCGUAUUUUACUUCUACUAUUCAAAAACCAAGCCCAUUGACGUCAAGUUGAUUCUGACUCAUAGCUACCCUAUGGGACAGAGUAGAACUGCCCCAUAGGGUUUCCAAGGAGUGGCUGGUGGAUUCAAACUGCUGACCUUUUGGUUAGCAGCCAAGCUCUUAACCACUGCACCACCAGGGCUCCAUUUCUGCUAUAGCUACCAAAUUAUAAAGGACUAUUUGUAGAUCCUUACAAGUGAGUUUCUUAAAAAUGGAGUUCUUAGGCUUACGUCCCAAUAGUUCUAGGGUAAGGCUCAGGAAUUCACAUGAUAAUUAGCACCCUGGGCGUUAUCAUACAGAUGCUAGGCAAAUCAUACUGAGGAGCACUACCCAAACCCCAACUCACACCUAAACUACCAGAAUGAUUCUCUUUUCUUUUUCCAACUCAGAUAAAAUCAUAUCUUUCUUUUUAAAAUAUAAUAUUGAUCUUAUCCCCUCUCCCAAUUCCUGUAAUAUUGUAUUUAACGAAAUGCGGAUCCUGAACCACUAACAUCAGAAACACCUGGGUGAUUUAAAAAAUCAUUCCCUGACAGAGUCUAAGACCUAAUAAAUGCUUUGACAGUGGGGCGCAGUAGUCCAGUGAUCUGAUUGGCCAAUGCUGGUGGUUCCUGACUUAACCUUUUGAUGCUAAUAUCAUGAUCAUAGGCUUUAUUUGUGCCCCCCCACUUUUGUUUAUAUAGCAUCCUUCGUCUUUUCUAACACUGUAUAUGGGGCUCCUCUACUUGAAACCCUACGUGUGCAUCUUGUCAUUUUAUAUCAUCACAAUGUCAUUCUUACCACCUGAAAUGAAAUACCAUCUUCCUUCCACUUAAGAAAUAUAAACCUUAAAUUGUAGAGACUUUGUAAACUCAUUACAUCUGGUAGCUGUUUAGGAUCCCCUAUACAUUAAUGAGCUAUGUCACUUACUAAUGAUAAAAGAGUUAAUGGUUCAGGGAAAAUGAUCAUUUAUAAGUCAUUUUCUUAGUCGUUACAACAUUAAAUCUAAUUCUAAUUAGCAUCUAGCAGAGUGCCUGGAACCUAAAUAGUCACACAGUAUUUGUUGAAUGAGUGGACAGAAGAGAGGAAGGAAAGUAAGAAAGUUAAAACUCAAUUUGUUUUUCUGCUUUCCCAACCUGAAACUGUUUAGGGAUUUUUUUUUUUUUUUUAGUGGAGUAAGGGGCAUGCUAGGUAGGGGUAGGCAUGCUUACAGUAGUCAUAAGUCUUGUUCUGAGGUGCUGUAGAAUCAGUUCUGACUCAUAGUGACCCUGUGCACAACAGAAUGAAACACUGCCUGGUCCUGCGCCAUCCUCACAAUUGUUGCUAUGUUUGAGCCCAUUGUUGCAGCCACUGUGUCAAUCCAUCUCCCUGAGGGUCUUCCUCUUUUUCACUGACCCUCUACCAAGCAUGAUAUCCUUCUCUAGGAACUGAUCCCUCCUUGACAACAUGUCCAAAGUACGUGAGACACAGUCUCGCCAUCCUUGCUUCCAAGGAGCAUUCUGGUUGUACUUCUUCCAAGACAGAUUUGUUCAUUCUUUUAGCAGUCCGUGGAAUAUUCAAUAUUCUUCUCCAGCACCACAGUUCAAAGGUGUCAGUUCUUCUUUGGUCUUCCUUAUUCAUUGUCCAGCUUUCGCAUGCAUCUGAGGUGAUUGAAAACACCAUUGCUUGGGUCAGGCGCACCUUAGUCCUCAAGAUGACAUCUUUGCUUUUUAACACUUCAGAAAGAUUUCUGGCAGCAGAUUUGCCCAGUGCAAUGUGUCUUUUGACUUCUUGACUGCUGUUUCCAUGGCUGUUGAUUGUGAAUCCAAGUAAAAUGAAAUCCUUGACAACUUAAGUCUUUUCUCCCUUUAUCAUGAUGGCGCUCAUUGGUCCAGUUGGGAGGAUUUUUGUUUUCUUUAUGUUGAGGUGUAAUCCGUACUGAAGGCUGUGGUCUUUGAUCUUCAUCAGUAAGUACUUCAAGUCCUCUUCACUUUCAGCAAGCAAGUUUGUGUCAUCUGCAUAUCACAGGUUGUUAAUGAGUCUUCCUCCAAUCCUGAUGCCCCGUUUUUCUUCAUAUAGUCCAGCUUCUCAAAUUAUUUGCUCAGCAUACAGAUUGAGUAAGUAUGGUGAAAGAAUACAAUCCUGAGGCACACUUUUCCUGACUUUAAACCAUGCAUUAGUCCCUUUUGUUUGAACAACUACCUCUUGAUCCAUGUACAGAUUAUGAGCACAAUUAAGUGUCCUGGAAUUCCCAUUCUCUGCAAUGUUAUCGAUAAUUUGUUAUGAUCCACAGAGUCAAAUACCUUAGCAGAGUCACACAAGUAAACAUCUUUCUGGUAUUCUCUGCUUUCAGCCAGGAUCCAUCUGACAUCAGCAGUGGUAUCCCUGGUUCUAUAUCCUCUUCUAAUCCAGUUUGAAUUUCUGGCAGUUCCCUGUUGAUAUACUGCUGUAGCCACUUUUGAAUGAUCUUCAGCAAAAUUUUACUUGUGUGUGAUAUUAAUGACAUGGCUCAAUAAUUUCCACAUUCAGUUGGAUCACUUUUCAUGGGAAUGGGCAUAAAUAUCUCUUCCAGUCAGUUGACCAGGUAGCUGUCUUCCAAAUUCCUUGGCAUAGACAAGCGAGCACUUCUAGUGCUACAUCUGUUUGUUGAAACAUCUCAGUUGGUAUUCCAUCAAUUCCUGGAGCCUUGUUUUUCACCGAUGUAUUCAGUGCAGCUUGGACUUCUUCCUUCAGUACCAUCAGUUCCUGAUUAUAUGUCACUUCCUGAAAUGGUGGAACAUCAACCAGUUCUUUUUGGCAUAGUGACUCUGUAUUUCUUCCAUCUUCUUUCAUGCUUCCUGUGUCGUUUAAUAUUUUCCCUAUAGAAUCCUUCAGUAUUAGAACUCAAGGCUUGAAUUUUUUCUUCAGUUCUUUCGUCUUGAGAAAUGGUGAAUGUGUUCUUCCCUUUUGGUUUUCUACCAGGUCAUUGCACAUGUCAUCAUAAUACUUUACUUUAUCUUCUCAAGCCUCCCUUUGAAAUCUUCUGUUCGGUUCUUUUACUUCGUCUUUUUUUCCUUUUUCUUUUAACUACUCGACGUUCAAGAACAAGUUUCAGAGUCCCUUCUGACAUCCAUUUAGGUCUUUUCUUUCUCUCCUGUCUUUUUCAUGACCUCUUGCUUUCUGCAUGUAUGAUGUCCUUGAUGUCCUUCCACUACUCGCCUGGUCUUUGGUCAUUAGUGUUCAGUCCAUCAAAUCUGUUCUUGAGAUGGUCUCUAAAUUCAGGUGGGAUAUACUCAAGGUCAUACUUUGGCUCUUGUGGACUUGUUCUAAUUUUCUUCCGUUUCAACAUUUUUUUUUUUUUUUUUUUAAUUGAUGGUCUGAUCCGCGGUUGGCCCUGGCCUUGUUCUAACUGAUGAUAUCGAGCUUUUGCAUUGUCUGUUUCCACAAAUGUAGUCGAUUUGAUUCCUGUGUAUUCCAUCUGGUGAGGUCCACAUGUAUAGUCGCUGUUUAUGUUGUUGAAAAAAGGUAUUUGUAGUGAAGAAGUAAUAAGUCAUAAGUAAUAAGAGCAAAUACAAAAUGAUUAGAAAAGAUUUCAGAAACCCAAAAGCAUGGUCAUUGAGUCCUGUUACAAUAAGGACAAAUCACACUAUAGCCAUUGACAGCUAAGGUCAUCACUAUAAUUAUAGCAUGUUGAUUGAAUUUUGUUAAGAAUAAACUUGUAUUAUCCAGAAAAGUUGUAUUAUGUUCAUUCUGCCAAGCAAAUAUAUUAUGCAUAUUUAGAAAAACGCCCUUAAAUAUUAUUAAUGAUGAGUAGAUUGCUAUGUGUUAGCUAUCUGGGAAUAUCUCCUUUUCUUAAAGUUUUCUCAUUCCUUGAUAGUUCCAGAUGAGUGAGAUAUUAUUCUGUCUUUUCAGCAUGAUGAGGUCUUCAUCUAAGGAGUGCGUGUGUGUGUGUGUGUGUGUAAAUAUAUGUAUAUAUACUCCUUUUUGUGCUAUUUAUUUUUAUUACUUUACACAUAGUCAGUUUAGAGUUAAAUGUUUUUGAUGAAUGAUCUUUCCUUUAUUUUAGAGGAAAGAGCUUUCAAGUCAGACUUGAGCUAAGAUCCUGCCCAUGUGACCUCUCCAAGUUUAUUUCCUCACUGGUAAAAUGGAAAUAAUUACGCUUGCCUCAUAGAUCUAUUAUGAGGAUUAAAUGAGGUAAUGCGCUAAACAAAAUGCCUGGCACAUUGAAAAUACUCAGUAAAUAGUCAAAAGCAUUAUUAGAGGAUUAUGAAAAGAGACUAUAAAGCAAACCUUUCCAUACUUGGGAGAUGCACUAUGCUAAUUUUCUUAGGAUCUGUUCUUUCAUGUUUCUAUUUUUCUAGAGACCCACAGUCUACUGUUCAAAACACUGGAAUGAAAAUAAAAUAUAUGUAGACAAUGCAUAAAUUUUCUUCUGUUACUUUUAACUCUUACUGCAAACAGAAGUUUUUCAGGCUUUCGGUAGGAAUAGAUCUUCAAUGAAGUACAUCCAUAUGGCAAUUCUGAAAUGUAAAAAUGAACUGCUUUUUUAAUAUUGAAUAAGCAUAAAAAUCAAACUACGUUGCUCAAAAAGGAAUACUCAUACAUAUUUUCUCAUCUUGCAUAAUGUAAAAAUAGCUAACUGCUUUUGCUGCUAAAAAUCAUAUUUGGAAGGUGACUAAGCAUGAGACAGUUCCCAAACAAAUCUUUAAGAAAACUGUGCAGAAGUCAAAAGUGAGAUUUAAGCUAUAAUCAGUCUCCUAGUCGAGAUUUGUCCAGUGAGGAUAGCCUGGUAAAUUUUGAAAAUAUAAAUUAGUCACAGAUGAUUUUUCAAGGUAUUUUAGAUUUUGCUAAAAUAUUAAAUCUUAUAUAAUUUCUUUUUAACUGGAACUUGAUUUUGUAGGCUACAGCUAUUAUGUUCUUUUUUCUUUUACAGGCACACAUACAUAUUUACAUAGGCAACUUUGUUCAUUUACAUAAAAUGCAUGAAACAGUAACACCUCAUCUGAAGGAUAACUUGGUAACAUAAUUUACAUCUUGUUUAUUCAUAUACUUUCCUUGCUACUUAGACAUAAUUGAAUGGUCCAUGUUUCACAACAAUAUGGUUUUUAGUGGAAAGGAAUAUCGAUAGUACUAUCCCAGAAUGUUACCUUAAAAAAAUUUUUUUUCACAGUUUUUUACUCAGAAUACAUAAUUUGGAGGAAUUGUGCAGUUACUUAAAAGGAAACCGAAAAUUUUGCCUUUGCUAUAUUUUAGGUUCAAUGGUAGUUUAAUUUUGAUUUCUUAAUCUCUUUAAAGAACAAACAUAUCAUGUUUUUUUAGAACAAUCUUUGUAUAAUUCCUUCUUGGGAUGAUUAAAUGUCAUUUAGAGUAGAGAAUAUUUUUCUUCUCAUAUUUCAAGAAACUGAGUAUUGCAGUUUACCUUAUAAACCUUAUGUUUAAAAAUUAUACCAUGUUAAAUUAUUCUCAAUGGAAUACUGAGGUAUGAGUUUGCCCUUUUUUCCCUAAUUUUUUGUUUCUGUUUGGAUAUACAUUUGUAGGUUUACCAUUCCUGCCUUCACUUUAUUUUCAUCUAUGCUUUUCUUGUUAUUUUGGUUGUCUAAUAUAGAAAUGGGCAUUUUUAAAUAAAAUCAUAGUAUUUUCAGGGAAAAAAAGUUGAAUAGUCUAUUCUUAACUUAUUUUGAAAAGAUAAAUUACUGUCCAAAAAAUAACACUGCAUUACGCACAUUUAUUUGCAGAGCAGGAGUAAUGAGGGCAGGAAUAAAGUCCAUUGCCAUGAAUCGUAUAAGAUAUUCCCAACAGAAAAUAUUCCUACAGAAUAUUCCAGAAUAUUAAAGCAAAAAAAAUUUCUGCUAAUGGCCAUGUAUCAUCUAAUCUUUGAAUUAAAUUUGAUUUUACUUACUACUGACCAUGCUCAGCUUUUAUUUUAUAUUUCUGUAUACAUAUAUAUAUGUGCAUAUAUUUGUUCAAACCCUUGAUGCUAAAACAAGGAAGAUACUUAGUACUUUCUUUUUAAGUGUGCUUUUUGUAAAAUAUCUAUAGCUGAAUUUUGCUUUUUUUUUUUAGCACAGUUUUACUUUGUGUUCACUGUUUUGUUUGUUCUUUUUCCUUUUCUUUAUUUUUACUGGUUUGCUAAAGUUACUAUUCAUUUCAUUAUUUGAAUGCAUUAUUAUUUCCCUUUGACAAUAGAAAUUCUCUUUUAUUCUGAUACUCAUUACCUAAUACUUAUUUCUCUGAAACUAUAUGAAAACCAGAUACCAAAUAAACCCUCACCAAGACACCUAUUCUCCUUUCCCAGAUGAAAAACUUGAGAAUUUUAAUCCCCUAUUCCAUCCCUCCGACCAAAUGAGAAUUUUAGGGGUGAUUCUACUUACCUCCACCCCCUCCCAACUUCUUGAUUUUGCUGAUAUAGUUUGGUACUUUUGGUUCUAGAUUUAUUAGAUUUUUCCCUUCCCAUACGUAUUUUCUAUUUUAAGAAUCCUUACUUAGCAGUUAUGUUACAAAUUCCCAGUAAGACAAUCAUUAUCCAUUUAGUUUUAAAAGCACAAAUAAAUCUGUCUUGGGAGAAGUACAACCAGAAUGCUCCAUGGAGGCAAGGGUGGUGAGACUGCAUCUUACAUACUUUGGACAUGGUAUUAGGAGAGAGCAGUUCCUGGAGAAGGACAUCAUGCUUGGUAAAGUAAACGAUCAGCAAAAAAGAGGAAAACUCUCAGGGAGAUGGAUUAACACAGUGGCUGCAGCAGUGGGCUCAAGCAUAACAAUGAUUGUGAGGGUGGUACAGGACCAGGCAGUGUUUCGUUCUGUUACAUGUGGGGUCACUAUGAGUUGUAACCGACUUGACAGCACCUAGCAACAACAACAAAAUCUUUAUGGAGGCAAACUGACAUCUUUCUCCCGUGGAGCUGCUGGUGGGCUCGAACCACCAACCUUUUUGUUAGCAGCUGAGGGCUUCACCACCACGCCACCAGGGCUGGUUAAAUGGGGCAUAAACCAAAAAAAAAAACAGACCUUUUGUGGUCAAGUCGAUUCUGACUCGUAGCGACCCUAUAGGACAGAGAGAACUGCUCCAUAGGGUUUCUGAGGAGUGGCUGGUGGAUUCAAACUGCCGACCUUUUGGUUUGCAGCUGUAGCUUGCUGUAACUCUCAACCACUGCGCCACCAGGGCUCCAAGAUGGGGCAUAAAGGUGGUAUAAUCUUUCAGUCUUUCCAUAUCCACGAUUUUCCUUCCUUUACCCUGUAAAAUGAUUGAUAACUGGAUUGGACGUUGAAUUAUUUGUUGGCAGUUCUUUUUUCUCAGUCUCCAGUAUUCCAGUAUCUUCCAGCUUCCAACAGUGCUCAUAGGAAGUAAGAUGCCAAUCAGUGUUCUUUUUCUUUAGUAAAUAACUUGUUCUUUCUGGAAACUUGUAAGAUUUUCUCUCAAUCCUUAGAAUACAGAAGUUUUACCAAAUUGGCUAUAUGACUGACUUGGAAUAAAGUGCCUCGAACUUAGUGAGAUCUUUUACUCACAAAUUCAGUUCUUCUUCUUCAAACCAGUGAAUUUUAUUUGUGCUAUUUUUUUAUGCCUAACCUCCAUCUAAGGAGUCCUGGUGGUGCAGUGCUUAAAGAGUUCAGCCACUAACCGAAAGGUCAGUGGUUCGAACCCACCAGUCACUUCAUGGGAGAAAGAUGGGCAGUCUGCUUCCAAAAAGAUUAAAACCUUGUAAACCCUUUGCGGCAGUUCUGCUUCAUCCAGUAGGGUUGCUGUGAGUCAGCAUCGACUCGAUGGCAGUGGGAAUCUCUAUCUAUUCUUUUUUUUUUUCUUGUGGUUGUCAUCUUAUUCACCUGAGAUUUCUUUUGGAGUUAUUUUCUAUGUCUGUUUUCCCUAAAAAUGUCCCUCUUUGUAUCUUUGCUGCAUAUUUUGAGAUAUUUUUUCCGUUUGGUUUUACAGGCCAGUAGUUCUGGGUUCAACAGGACAUACUCUAUUUUAAUUUUUCUAUUUUUAAAUUUAAAAAUUAUGUUUUUAAAUUUCAGAGUAUUUUUUAAAGCUGAUCAUUCUUUCUUGAUGUUGUGAAAGUUUUCUUUUCUCUCCUCCAGCGGUUCCAUUUCACUAGGAGCCUCCCAGUUCUCAGGGUUCAGCUUGUUUUUUCUCUCUGAUUAUUGGAUCCCCUGAUGGAUUAUAAUUUCCUUUUGCCUAAUAAUAGCACUAUGCAGCCUUUGAAUGGUGAGAAGCCCAGCAUCAUCUGCUCUGUGAGCUAAACAUGUACCAACUGGCAAGCUUAUUGGCCGUCUCUUGAGGCAACAGAAGGAAGCCUCCUUGCUCCCGAGUAAUCUCAAUUGCAAGGGUUAAAGUUCUUCUCAGGCAUAGAGAGCAAUUUUUACCAAACUUGUGUCUCCUCGGAAGGUCCUCCACAAAUACCAGCUAGGUCUCCUAGAACCACAUACACGGACAGGCACUUUUAGCAAAGGCCAAAAUCUCUCAGAACUCUGGGAGUUCAGGUAAUAUCCUCUGGCCCCUCAGCCCAGCUCCUCCAGCCUCUCUCAACCCCAGAGUGGAAUAAAAUAAAAACUCCCAAUUUAUAGGUAACACAUUAAUUGGUCUAGUCUUUCUGAAUCUUUUUCGUAAUAUUACUCACUACUGACCUUCCCAGUUGCUAAUCCUUUUCCAGUUGCUGAUCCUUUUUUCUGGAAUCCCAGCAUAUCCCAUGGCCUUACAGACCUCUGAGCUGUCUGAACACUAACCUGGCACUCAUCAGAGGGCGGGUACUAGGAGUAAGAGAUGAAGGCAUCAGGAACACACUUCCACAAUUAAGUAGACAGAGUUUGUUUAAUGUCAGCUUCUUCAGAGAACUCACUGUAGAAUCAUGCUAUUCUAGUUAUAGCUUGUUUAACAAAUAAGGAGCUUGAGGCAAGGAACUAUCUUCUGUGUUUUCUAUACAUUCUGAGUUAGUUUAUAAUUUAAAAAAAGGAGUGGUCAUAGACAAGUUAUAAAUAGAAAAAGAAGUAGAAAUUUUGGCUAGAACAAGGGAAAUUAUAGGUAAUUGGAUGUUUAGAAAUGAACAAAUUAGGCAGGUGUGAUGAGGCAGUGGCUUAUUCCCAGGUACAUUUGCUGUGGUCCCCACCAAGGAUUUAGGGUCUCCUUCUGAAAAGUCUGUGGUUUUAUAGCUGUCUCUUUGAAUUUCUCCCUUACUGAAGAGAAGGUAUUAAUAGCAGUAUUAGGUCAACAACAUUACCUUACUAAAAGUGUGAGGUUUUUUAUUCAGUGGCCAGUCAAAGCAAUGGCUAAAUCAAGUAGUAGCUGGCUUCAAGCAGAAAUCUUAUGUGGAAAAUCUUUAAUACAAGAAUCAUCUGUCUAAUUAAUUGAAUCUAGCCCCUUUUUAAUCUAGCCUGUCUAUACCUAAUUAUCAGAAACUUGCUUCUUUUCGAAAUUUCUUUUGAAUCCUUUGCCCAAGUUUCCUAAGUCCUCCUGUGGCCAGCAAACAAUCUGUUCUUGAUUUUCUCGCUUAACAGACAGCAGUUGCACCUUACCACAUAUACUUACAUAGUCGCAAUUUAUAGGUAAUUCAUAAAUUGGUCUAGUCUUUCUGAAGUUUUUUUAUAAUGUUAUUCACUACUAACUUUUCCAGUUCCUAAGCCCAUUCUCCAAACUUAUUCUGAAUAAUGGUCUUACUGACCAUUAUUUCUGUGUUUUACCCUGUGCUCCAUUCAGAUCCAGCCAUUAUACAGGUCUCCAUACACUCUCUCUUGUCUUUUGUCCCUUUUGUGAUUAUCCUCCCUCCUCCUGGAACAUCUGCCUUUUCCAUCUUUGCUUGUUAAACUCUUAUGCAUCCUUUAUGGUCCAAAACACUACCUCUUAUAAUGUAAUGGAUGAAACUAUAUAAUGACAGGUGAAUUGUAACAUUUCUCAGAUAGAAGAUUGAUUAAAAAAAAGAAACUUAAAUCUCAAGUAAAAACAAGGACAAAAAUAAUAACUUCUACUCCUUACUUAUCGACUAUCUCAUUAUCUGACAGUUCACAUUUACAAUAAUAGUAAAAAAUCUACUAUCUAUUUUGCUUAUUAACAAAGUACAUUUGGCAGUAACAAGCGCCGAAGUACAAGGUAAGAGUAACACUUGCUGUGAUGGUUAAUGUCAUGUGUCAGCUUGACUGGUCCAUGAUUCUCAGUGGUUUGGCAGUUAUAUAAUGAUGUAAUUUGGCAGUUAUGUAAUGAUGUAAUUUAGCAGUUAUGUAAUGAUGUAAUUUGGCCAUUAUGUAAUGAUGUAGUCAUCCUCCAUUUUAUGAUCUGAUGUGGUCAUCCUCCAUUUUUGCAUAACUCCAGUUUUUGCUUAAUGACUUGGUCUUUGGAAACUAACCAUCUCAAUAAGUGAGGAGUGGGUGUAAUAAUAAACUGUAGUGCCAGUAGCAAUAACUAACAUUUACUGAUCACCUAAUAUGUGAGAUAAUAUUUAGCAAAAUUUGAAACUACCUCUCCCCCAUGUAGAUUAUAAUUUAUACAAUUAGACACUGGGAUCAGGGGAUGAGUUAGUGCAGGGAAUGUAGUUGAUAUCCGAGCAUACUGUCCCAAAACUAUUUCUUUAAACUUCUUUUUAAGGUAAUACGUAGAUGUGAUAGUUGUUAAGUCUGUGAUACAAAAGCCUUAGAAAAAGCAAUAUGAAAGUUAAACCUUUUUAUGUGUACAGAAAAUAAUCAUAGUUAGUACCUUUUUAGUGUUGAUUCUCCCCCAAAGAACCACAGGUGCAGAACCAGUGAGUCUUGUGCCAUUCCCUUAAGAUAGCUUUUCCAGUAUUAGAGACUCUUACUAUCUGCUCCCAUUAUCCUUCAAUAGUUCACUCUGCCACUGCACUUGAUUGCCUCUGAGCUUUGGUUCCUGCUGUUCCAUGGCUUGGUAAACCUACCAUAUUCUUUUCACUUCUCUAAAUCCCAGACUUUAAGGUCAAGUUGCUACUCAAUGAUAUUGGUAAAAUAAAUACUUGUGAUAAAACUGAAGCAUCAAAAUUGUAAAACUAUCACCCAAAUUAUCUAUUAGUAUAUUACUAGUGCUGUGAAAAUAAUAUGUUGAGGUAAUUAAACUUUUGAAACUAAGGAGGUUCAUAGAGAUAAUCUAGUCUGUCGCCUUUGAUGGCAACUAUUUUUUUAAGGAUUCUGAGGCCCAAAGAAAUUAAAUGAUUUGCCCAAGUUCAAAAUAUUAGUAAUAGAAUUUAACCCAGAUUCCUUCAUUCCCAUUUCAGUGCUCUUUUUAUCACAUCAUUCUGGACCUGUGAUUUAAAUAUUAUCCCAAAAAAACAUUUCAUUAGAUUUUUGCUUUGAAUUAAAAAAAAACACAAGUUUUUACAUAAUCGAAUAAAAAGCUAAAAAGUCUAGUAUUUAUCAAAUACUGCAAGUACAUGGGUUGUUUUAGACAAAAGCAGGUAAAAGAAUAUUGUGUUGUUCAUAGCUUUAAAUAUUUGACCACUUUUUUUUGCAAGUUCAUUUACAUUUUGGCAUCCCUAUGUGGAAAUCCUUAAGUAGCUACAAUCCUUCUAGUUAAUCUGUUCUUCUUAAGGGAACAGACUCAAAUGCUGUUUCCUAGUUGAUAAAAUAAGGAAGUGGAUGUAGAAUGAGAGCUCAAAAUCUUUUCUAAUUCUGUUUUUACCUGAAUCAGAGGUAUCUCUAACUUGAAUUUUAAAAUCCUUUCUGGUCCAAAGUACUUUUUCCCUAAUGCAUUUUGAAGUAAAAAGGAUAUAUCAGACAUGUCUAAACAUAUUGUCAAAAUCUGUAGGAUUAUCUUAAGUAGCUUGACCUUUAUAUUGGAUAAAAUCAUUCUAAAUUGAUAAAUCGUAUUAAAUUUUAAUCAGAAUUAUAAAAUAAUUUUCUGUAAUGUCAGAUUAGAUGACUGUAUUUAUGAGAUAUCCUUGAGAUUGGUGUAUAUUUUUGAAAGCCUUUUCAAAGUAGAGUUUCCACCAAUAUAAUAAAACAGGGUAAGGAAAUGGUAUGUUACUGUUGAGAUCCCUUGAAUGUCCCCAGAGCAAGAUCUUCUGAAAUUGGAAAUCCUCCUACAAACAGACGAUCUUACCCGACUGACUCUCAAACAAGCCCACCAGUUGACAAGUUGUACCCAUGUACUUCCUUUUGGUGCUUCAUUCUUAAAUAUGACUGAAUGUCCAACAAUAACCAAAUACUUAAGGAGAAUCUUCAGUAUGAAAACUGUAAACCAAAACAAACAAUAUAAUGGGAUCCAGAGGAAAAUGAAGGUAACCAUAAGAUUAAAAUACAAAAAUAUAAAUAAAAUUUAAAAAACACACAUUAAAAAAAAUUUUUUUUUUUAAAAAAAACACACAUAGAAGUUAGGAAAAAGCAAACUACAGUUAAUAUUUUCAAAGAGCUAAGAGAAUGUAUUGUGCAGUAAAACAAUACCAUUUAAUUUUAAAAAAUAACAAAAAGGUUUGAAAUUAAAAGUACUUAAAUUUAAAUAAAAAUUGAAUUAGAAACUUAAGUAGGUGGAAGAGAAAGUUAUAGAAAACACCUAGAAGAUAGAACAAAAAUACAAGAGAGAUAAAGAAAAAAACAAAACACAAAGAACUUGAGACCCAGGAGACCCAGCACAUUACAAAUAGAAGUCCCAUGUAGGAAGAACGGAGGAAGUAGAAUGAAGAAGAAAUGAUCAAAUAUAUAGUAUUUAAAAAUCUCCCAGAACUGAAGGCUAUGAGUCUCCACAUUGAAAAAGCCCACUGAAUAUCUAUAUAAUAAAUUAAAAAAAUACCAACGGCAAGGAAAACACAAACCCACUGCUGUCGAGUUGAUUCUGACUCAUAGCGACCCUAUAGGACAGAGUAGAACUGCCCUAUAGAUUUUCCAAGGAGUGCCUGGCGGAUUUGAACUGCCGACCUCUAGGUUAGCAGCCGUAGCACUUAACCACUACGCCACCAGGGUUUCCUAACAGCAAGGAAAAGAAUCACAAAUCUUAGUACACCAGGGAUGAAGAGAAAAUUGAAGAACUUCCCAAGGGCAAGGAAUGGGGAUAGGUCAAAUCCAGAGGAAUAGAAUGGCAUUGGAUUUCUUCACAGCUACACGGUGGAACAAUUUCUUCAAAAUUGUGAAGGAAACAGUUUGAAUACUUAGUAUUCUAUCUAAACAAACAAACAAAAAAAAGCCAAACCUAUUGCCAUUGAAUCACCAAAUCAAGUGUGAUGUUAGAAUAAUGACAGUAACCCCACCACCACCCUGAAAUAUCUCCUAGGCAUUGUUCCUUAGGAAACUGCUAGAGGGUGUGAUGCAGCUGAAUGAUCCAAGUAAAUUAAGAAAGAGAAGAAUCAUGGACUACUGACAACAGGGAAUCCCACCGAGGAGAGGACAAAGAGAAGUAUCAGCAUGACUGAAGCUCAGCAAGCUAAGAGAGCAACUAGUUCCAUAUUGGGCACUACAAGCAGAGCUUUGUUUCUCUGGUAAACAAAGAGAGUUGAUAUGUUGAACAUACAGAAAAAGCCUAGGCAUGUAGCAGUGAUGUUGGAAGGGUACACAAACAUUUAUAACUACAUAGAAAACAGUGAAAAAAAUGAGCCAAUUUUUAGCUCCAGGAGAAAUAAAAGGGUUGUAGGCAUGGUCCUAAUGCACUUAUUGGCCUAUCAGAGAACAGUAUUUGCAAGCCACCAUAAUGCAGACUUUGGCUAUUCAUUUAACCAAAAAUUAUAAUAUUCUUUCUCCAUCAGAGAUGGAUGGGAAUGUGAGGUAGGGAUGCAGAAGAGCUCAGUCCUCCUCUAUGAUGGUGAGUCAACCAAUAGUGUUUCAAAUUGAUAAAUGAAGAAAUGGAAGUAUAAUGAAUGUCAUUUAGAGAUACAAAGAUUAAUCAGAGAAAAAGCCAGAAGAGUUGAGGAUGGUUCCCUCUGAAGUGCAGAGGGAUGCAGCAUAAGAAUAUUGUUUUUCACUAUAAGCUUUUUCAUAUUAUUUUACAUCAUAAACUACAUACAUGUAUUAUCUUCAUAAAAAUAUAAUCAGUGUAAAAUAUACAACAUCACACCUUUUGGGAAAACAAGAGUUAAUUGUGUAUUGAUUUGACAGUAAAAGGAAUAAAGAAAAAAAAGUAUGGGAAGCAUGUUUCCAUCACCAUUCUUUAAUGUCAGGAUCAUUUUAAAUUAUGUUGUUGUGUGCUGUGGAGUCAAUUCCAAGUCAUAGCAACCCUAUAUGAAAGAGUAGAAGCCCCAUAGGGUUUCCUAGGCUGUAAUCUUUAUGGUAACAGAUCGCCAGAUCUUUUCUCUCAUGUAGGGUGGGUUGGUUGAUUCAAACUACCUAUUUUCAGUUAGUAGCUGAGCAUUUAACAAUUGCACCAGGGCUUUUUGUAUUAAAUUAUAGUUGAAUUUUUUGGUUACUUUGAUAAGCAGAAUAAUGGCUCCCCAAAGGUGUCCAUGUCCUAGUAUCUGGAACCUGUGAAUAUGCUAUAUUACAUGGCAAAGGAGAAUUAUGGUUGCAGAUAUAAUUAAAGUUGCUGAUCAAAUGACCUUAAAAUAGGUUUUCUUGGAUUAUCCAUGUGGGCCCAGUGUAAUCACAAAAACCAAACUAAACCUGUUGCCAUUAAGUCGAUUCCAACUUAUAGUGACCCUACAGGACACAGUACAACUGCCCUGUAGGGUUUCCAAGGUGUGGCUGAUGGAUUUGAACUGUCAGUCUUUUGGUUAGCAGCCUAAGCUCUUAACCACUGUACCAGGGCUAGUGUAAUCACAGGGAUCUGUAAAAGUGGAAGAGGAAGGCCAAAGAGGAGGUCAAAGUGAUCCCAUAUGAGAAGGGUCCAGCCCACCAUUAUGGGCUGUCUUAGUAACCUAUUGCUGCCCUAACAAAAAUAUUUCAGGUGGGUGCCUUUAAAGAAUAGGAAUUUAUUAUCUCACAGUUUUGGAGACUAGGAGUUUGAAUUCAGGGUGCAGGCAGGCCUAUACUCUAUCCACUCUCAGAGAUCAUUCUUACCUCUUUCAGCUCCUGGCAACCCUGGGCAUUUCUUGGAAUUCCUUGACUUGUAGACAGGUCCUGACAUGGCAUCUUCACUCUUUGUGUAUGUCUCUCCUUGUCUGUUUUCCCUUUUUAUAAGACACCCCUCGAAAGGGAUUAGAUUUAAGCUCAACUCCAGUAUAACCUCAUCAAUAUAACAAAAGAAAAACCGUUAUUUCCAAACAUGGUCACAUUAGCAGGUUCAGGGGUUAGGACUUCAGCAUAUCUCUUUGUGGGACACAAGUCAAUUGAUAACAUAAGCUUCAAAGAUGGAGGAAGGGGGCCACAAGCCAAGGAAUGUUGGUGGCCUGUAGGUGGAAAGGCAAGGAAGUUGAUUCUCCCCCAGAGCCUCCAGAAUGGAACGCAGCCUUGUCAACACCUAGAUUUUAACCCAGUGAAACCGGUGUCAGAACUCUAACCUAGAGACCGAUAAGAUAAUAAAUUGUGUCUGAAGCAGCCGAGUUUGUGGUAAUUUGCUAUGGCAGCACUCAAAAAUAGUGAAGGUUUGAUCUCUUUGCAAAUAUUUAACGAGCAAAAAGCAGAUGAGGUUAUGGUUAAUAUGCGUUUUUGUUUUUUUUUUCUUUUAAUUCUUAGAAUUUGUCCAUAAAAAUGCUCAACAUUUCUUUCAAUUAACCUUUUAAUUUUUGGAUAUUUAAUACCUCAGAAUUCAUUUUGGACAAUACCUUUCCAAUCUGUGAUCGUUCUUGCUGUUAGUUGCCAUUAAGUCAAUUCCAACUCAUGAUAACCCCGUGUGUUACAGAGCAGGGUUUUCUUGGCUGUAAUCUUAACAGAAGCAAAUCACCAGGACUUUUCUUCCAUAGUACUGCUGGGUGGGUUUGAACCACCAACCUUUCAGUUAGUAGUCAAGUGAAAACUGUUUGUGCCACAAAAAAAAAAACAAAAAACUAAGUAUUUAUUUGGAAAUAUGGACUAUCUCCAAUAGGGACCUCCUUGGAAAAUUAACAUGGAAAGUAGCUGAGUACAAACCACAAAUUAAGAAUGUGAGCUUUGGAGUUUGAGGCCCAGAGACCUAGAACCUCUGCUGGUUCUGGCUGUGUGACAUUAGAUAAGUUGUUUGACCUCUGUAUGCUUUUUUUUUUUUUUCUGAAAAAUAGACUAGAACUUGUCAUUAAGUUGUGAUGAGGGUAACAUGAGAUAAUAUAGGUAGCAUUUAGUAUGAUCUGGCCCACGGGUCACUUUAUAAAAAUUAUAAAACACACAGAAUCUAAAAAAAAAAAGAAAAAUUAAUUCUAGUGCCUUUCAACAGGAAAGCAAAAGCUCUAGACAACUCAGGAGUUCCCAAAGGCGUAAAUACAUCAAUUGAUAUUCAUAAGGACAUUCCUGUGUCAUCAAGUACAUUUUUUCUUUUAAAGAUCUUUAAAAUAUGCAUGUAUUGGUGCUUAAAGUAGCAAGCUUUUUGUACCUGAAAAAUUAAUUUAUGUAAAAUUUAUAUCAAGUGUCAAACGGACAAAAUAUAUUUUUUAUUAUGGCACAAGCCCCAACUUCAACACAUUAGCCAUGCAUAUGGCCAUGGGACACCGAACCUCUCUGAGCCUAAGUUUUGUCUGUAGUGUUUAGAAUGUAGAAUAGCUGUCUGGCAGUGUGGUUGGGAGGAUUGGAGACAUAGUGUAUUUUAAGUACUAAUCACCUUGCUGGAGCCCUGGUGGCACGGUGGUUAAGAACUCGGCUGCUAACCAAAAGGUCGGCGGUGCGAAUCCACCAGCCACUCCUUGGAAACCCUAUGGGGCAGUUCUUCUCUAUCCUUAUUAAGGUUGCUAUGAGUCAGAAUCGACUUGACACCAAUGGGUUUUUUUUUUUUUUUAAACACCUUGUGCAACAGUACAUAGGUGCUUAAUAAUUCAUGGUUAUUCUUAAGAUUUUUAUUUUAUCCUCCUCUACAACUGCAUCACUUAAAGUCUACAGUGACCUAAUUAUGAAAUUCUGUGAAUUCUUCUCUUCCCUUAUUACAGUUUCUAUAACAUUUGAUACUAUUGAACAUCUUGAAAUUCUCUUUUCUCCUUCUGUAGUGUUCUUCGUACCUCUUUGAUUAUUCUUCCUUUUCAGACUUACCUGUUGCUCUUCUCCCUAAAAACUGAAAAGGUGCCAUUUGAGCUAAGACCUGAAGGAGGAAAGGGAGCGAGCCAUUGUUUUAGGAUGAGGAAACAGCAGCUUCAUAGUGUGAGACAGUAAUGUGCCUGCUAUUUGGGGGAAACAGUGAGGUGGCCAUUGUUUCUGGUUUGUGCAAAAGGGGAGGAGCAGUAGGAGAGAUAAUGGGGGAUCAUGAUUGUUUUGGUCCUGUCUACUUGUCUUCUUAAAAACUGGACAUUAUUCAUUACUACUUAAUCUAUUCUCUUCAUAUUCCUCUCUCUUCUGUCAUCUGGUAAGUCACCAAGUUUUACUGAUUCCAACUCCUAGAUUACUCUCCUAUCUGUACUCUUCAUUCUCACUACUUUUGCCAUAGUUCUUACCUUUAUCAUGGGUCAUUCAGCUGGUUUGCUGCUAGUUUCCCACCUCAUAUUCAGCCCUCAUUCAACAGGUAUUUGUUGAACACAUUCUGUGUUCUAGGCCCUGCAAUAGGCAUUAUGGAUGUGAUGGUCAUCAAGCAAGGCAUGAUUAUUGCUCUUACCAAAUUCACAGUGUAACUGGGGAGAUAAACAUUCAGGCAGUGACAUGACAGUACAAUAAGCACUUUGGGACAGGAGGUACAAGCAAUCUUAGCACCGUGUAGGAAGGGGUGUGGCUACACGCUGAUUUAUGAGGGUCAGCGAAAGUUUUCCAGAGGACAUUAUAUUCCAGUUAAUAUCUAAAAGGUUAGCAUGACUUACACCCUCAAAGAGAGAAGAAGAAGUGUCCAACCAGAGGGACCAUUUAGGCAAAUAUACAGAAAAUAGAACUGGAAGAGGCUUUGUAUCGCGGUAUAAAGCAUGGAAGGAGCCCUAGUGGUUCAGUGGUUAAACGCUCAGCUGCUAACCUGAAGGUUGUCAGUUCGAACUCACCCAGUGGCUCUACAAGAGAAAGACCUGGUGAUCUGCUUCCAUGAAGAUUAUAGCCUAGAAAACUCUAUGGGGCAGUUCUACUCUGUUACAUGGGAUCACUAUGAGUCAAAAAUCAGCUUGAUGGCACCCAACAACAACAACAUGGAGUAUGGAGAGGAGUGGAUCAAAAUCAGGCUGGAGAGGUAUGAAGGAGCCAAAAUCGUGCAUGCUAUCUUAAGACACUCUUAAAAUGUUUGGUUAAUCCGUCACCAAAAUGAUCAUUUUAAAACUUGAAUAUAAUCAUUUACCUCCCUCGAUUUAAACCUACCAGUGAUUGCCAGUUGACUUCAGGUUAAAUUCAAGUUCUGUAACAUAGCACCACGGUGCCUUAAUCUGGCUUUUGCCCCUUCAACAUUAGCUUCCACAUGUCCCACUCAUGUCUUUAUACAUUACAGUGCAGAAUUGCUUGUAAUUACUCCACAGAAGAGAGAGAUUUCAAGUCUCCAGGACUUGGGGAAUGUUUGGAAUACUCUUUGGCCCUUGCCAACCUCAAGAACUCAUAUUUGUCCUUAAAAAUUUAACUCAGCUGGCAUCUUCUACAGGAAUCAUUCCCUGAAAACUCAAACAGAGCUAAUCAUUUCCUUUUCUGUGUUACCACCCACUUCUGUGUGAUCUUUUCAUUGCACUUAUCACAGUUCUAUAACAGUUUGUUUAUAUGUUAAACUCCUCCACUACUGUGGGCUCUUUCAAGAUGUUUGGGCUUUUGUUUUUAUUUUUGCUUAGUCUGCAUAUCCUUAGCCCCUAGCAUAGUGCCUGGCACUUAGCCACUCUUAAUAAAUGUUUGGUGACUUUAAUUGAUACAAAGGAAAGCUCAGUUAAUUUUGACCAAAAGCAAUGAGAAUUAUUUGUAGGAAGGGAUUACCAUUACUUUAUAGAUCAUUUAAAUCACAAGAUUAUGAUAGCACUCAACACACUUGUAUUUUAUUGAAUGACAUUCAACCUUGCUAUAAUGUAAACUCAAUGAGGUCAGGAACCUUAUCUAACUCGUUGACUGUUUUGUCUCCAAACCUACCACAGUUCCUGGCACAUUGGAAGUUAUUCUAUAAAUACUUGUAGAAGGUAGAUCUAUACAAUGUUAGCAAAGGAAUCAUAGACUUUGCUCAGAGACCAUCUCAUCCAAAUCAGUCUGAUGUGUGAAUCUGACCUGCAUCUUUUUAAAGGAUCUGAAGGCAUUGCAUUCUUAAUUUAGCAGUGUCUUUAGCUCUGACUUUCAAAAACUUUGCAGAAAUUACCCCAUCAUACAUGCUGCAUUAUUAUUGUCUUUUUAUGAUUUUCAAUAUUCCUUUACUUUUCAGUCACACAAAAUGAUAACAUCAGUAUUCAUUAUUUAAAUAAUUGUGUAAAUAUUAUUUGAAUUAAAAUAUUUUUUUCUUCUGUAUUAAUGCUUUAAAAUUGCCAUUUCUGGUUACUAUUUUUAAAAAGCUUCAUGUUUUAUCACAGGCAAUUCCUUACUUUAAAACACUAAAUAUAUUGUUAAAUACAAUUUUAAAUAGAUAUCAAAUAGAAUAAUCUCAGAAUUGUCUCAUUACUGUGGAUAGUUCUGAAAAGAAGAAACAUAGAUGGCAAAUAAAUAUCUUAAAAAGUUAAAACCUUACUAGUACAAUACAGUCACAUAAAAAUUGAAGAAAAAAAAUUUUUUAAACCUCUCUCAUUCAAAGUUUGUUUUGCUUUUUGUUUUUUUAAUACUAAUACACGGAGACCUAAGUGUACUAUAAGGAACCCUGGUGGCACAGUGGUUAAGCCCUUGGCCGCUAACCAAAAGAUCAGCAGUUUGAACCCACCAGCCACUCUGCAGUAGAAAGAUGUAGCAGUCUCUCUGCUUUCAUAAAGAUUACAGCCUUGGAAACCCUAUGGGGCAGUUCUGUUCUGUCACAUGGGAUCACUAUGAGUUAGAAUCGACUUGACAGUAACGGGUUAAGUGUGCUUUGAAAAGGGCUAUCUUGGAUACUACUGGUGAUAGUGUGAAUUGGUAUAAGUUUUUUUUAAGGCAGUUUAAUACUACGUGUUAAAAAAUUUUUAAAUGUUCACGUGCAUUUAUCCUUCAAAAAUAUUCAGCCUAAGGAAAUAAUAUCCAAAUAUUUAUGAGUAAGAAUAUUUAGUACAUUAUAAUAGCAAAAAUUUAGAGACAACAUAAACUUUUAACAGAAGGGAAUGACUCUAUAUUAUACAUCUAUAUGCUAGAAUACUCUGUAGCCACUACAAAUCACAUAUUUAAAGAAUCCCAUAUUUUAUGAUAUGGAGGAAAUGUCAAAUGAAAAACAUUGAAUGCAAAAUUAUACAACUGAACAGUUUUAUAAAACAGCAUGCAGAGAAAGACUGGAAGAAGAUUCUUAAGCACAUGGAAGAGCUUCUUAAGCACAUGAAGCCUUUGUCUCAAGUGUACAAAUGGCAGGUUUUCCAAUGGAAUCUCUUGCAGUUGUCUCUGUGUUGAGACUUUUAGCUAUGGGAGCUCUGAUUUUGACAGUGGUCUGAUCACUGUACCCAGAGCCUUAAUGAAGAGCCAAUAUGGAGAAACUGUUACUAACAGUACUGAAUUGUGAAGUUAUACUUUAUGGUACUAUUAUACUGUCAUUUUGCUGUGAGUUAAGUAGGAUUUUGGGAGGCUGUCUUCGAGCACUAAAUUUAUUAAGUAUUUGCUGUAUGUCUAACCCUGUAUUAGGUACUUUUGCAUCCAUUAUCUCGUGUAAUCUUCACAAAAAUGCUUCAAAACAAAAACAGUUUUUAUUACCCGCUUUACAGAUAGGACGGGAGAAAGAUGCGGCAGUGUGCUUCUGUAAAGAUUAACAGCUUUGGAAACCCUGUGGGGCAGUUCUGCUCUGCACUUUAGAGUCGCUGUGAGUCAGAAUCGACUCAACGGCAGUGGGUGGGUUUUGCAGAUAGGGAAACAGAUCCAGUGACUUGUUCUGAGUUACACAGGUAAUAAAUUGAGACUUGAGCUUUAAUUCCCUGCUUCGAAAUUCAUGCUUUUUCUAUUACACCGCAUAGAUUUUAUCCCUCUGUGUCAGACUGGUAUCACCAACACAAAAGUAACGUACAAGCCUCAAAUACAAGCAUUCCUCAGUUUGCAAAUAAGUUGUGUUUCUAAAUCAGAAACAAACAUAUGUAAUGACUUUUCUCAUAGGGAGACCAUUAAACUCAUUAAGAAUCAGCCCCCAAGUGUGUUUCUCAGAUCUGAAUUGUCAAAUACUCAAUACUCGUAACACUACUCCCAUGACAAUUGUUGAUAUUUAUUGAAGCUUUCCAUGUGCCAGGCACCAUUCUAAAUUCUCUUCGUGGUAACCCUUUAAAUCCUUGAAACAAUCCUAGUAAACACCAGUAUUAUCCCCCUUUUCAGAUAAGAAAAGUGAAGCACAGGUCGGGCAGGUAAUAAGUAUCAAAGCCAAAAUUUGAAUCAAGGCAGUCUGAAUAUUAAAGGAACUACUAUUAGUGAUUGGUAGCGUGGGUUCUGGAACAAGAUUUUCUGGCUACCAUCAGUUAAUUUUGUUACCUUGGGCACAUGAUGUAACUUGUCUAAACCUUAGUUUCUUGAUCUGUGAAAUGGAGUAAAUUUUGUUAAUUAGGAACAUGGUUGCAGAGGAUCAAGAGAAUGCAAAACAGUUCAGCACACAGUAAGAUAUGUAGUAAGUCUUCCAAAGUUUAAGGUCAUUAUGUAAACAUACACUGAUAUUAAGUAAACAGUGUGGAUGUUGUGGCCAUUACAUGCUACAGAGAACAAAUGCAACUACUGGAAUCAGAUGAGGGAGGCUCCUGGAGGAGAUGGCAUUGUUAGGGACCAUAUGAAAUGACAGGGAGGUAUCGAUAGGAUCAUUCUAUGGCAUAAGCUGUGUUGUAGAAGAAGGUGUUGGUGAGUUUUGUGUUGAAAGUUAUAAUUAGGGAUGGGCUUGAAUCUGAGGGGUUUAGUAUUGGACUUGAAUCUCAUCGCACCAUAAUUUAAUUUACUUUGUAUCAGUUCUUUAAGGAAUUACAAUAGAUCUGUUCAUCUCUCCCUUCUAGUCUACUUCUAUGGUGACUUACGUGUAUCUGAUAUCCCCAAUUCCUUAUUCUCCUUAAAGCACUGAUGAGCACCUAGUACAUAGUACGGAUUGUUAACUUAAUUAAGUUAAGGAAGAAAACCUGUUUAUCUUCUUUAAUGGGGGGUAAUGAUGUAUAUAUAAUGCUAACAGCAUGGAGGUCUAAGUAAUAAACAAAUCCAAUUAUAGAUGUACAGAGAUAUCUAUACUGUUGUUAACAAAUGCAAGUUUCUAGAGCUGGCUUACGUUAACAACUUAGGAAAGGAUUUUGGUAGGUGAGCACCUGUUUCUUCAGAGAUAUAUUUUAGUCAUAAUUUUACAUUUCAGUGUUAAACUAGUGAUAACUAUUUCCAUAGCCUGUUUUGAGAAGCAACAUCAUAUCUAACCUCUAUCUUUGAAGUAAGAGAGGGGAGGAAAGGAAGGAAGGUUAGGUAAGUAGUUGGGCAGAAAGAGGAAUUUUAAAUGUAUAUAAUGGGUAAUUCCCCCUUAACAUAUUUUUUUUCUUCCCUGUCUUAGUCAUCUAGUGUUUCUAUAACAAAAAUACCACAAGUGGUUGGCUUUAACAAAGAGAAAUCUAUUCUCUCACAGUCUAGUAGCCUACAUGUCCAAAUUCAGGGCAUCAGCUCCAGGGGAAGGCUUUCUCUUCUCUGUCAGCCCUGGAGGAAGCUCCUUGUCAUCAGUCUUCCCCAGUCAAGGAGCUUCUCAGUACAGAGACCCCGAGUCCAAAGGAAGCACUCUGCUCCCUGUGCUUCUUUCUUAGUGGUGUGAGGUCCCCAUGUCUCUCUGCCAGCUUCUGUCUUUUAUAUCUCAAAAGAGAUUGGCUAAAGACACAAUCUAAUCUCAUAGAUCUCAUCAACAUAAUUGCAAAUAAUCUGUCUGUUUAACAUCAUAGUGAUAGGAUUUAUAACACAUAGGAAAAUGACAUCAGAUGACAAAAUGGUAGACUCAAUACUGGGGAUCAUGGCAUAGCCAAAUUGAUACAUAUAAUUUUGGGAGACGCAGUUCAAUCCAUGACAGUCCCUCAUAAGAUCUUAUAGUGGCAGACCUAGAAGUAGACAAGACAACCUGGAACAUUAGGUUCUAUGUAAGCCAAAAAGCACCACACCUCAGAAAACCAAAGCAUGAGCUGAUCAGUAACAUGCCAUACAGGUGGAACUGAGCUGGUACAGAGUUAAAUGUCUUUCUCUUUGCACUUUCCUGACUGUAUCAGUCAUUUCAAAAGUGCAUGAAUUUAAAUAUUGACAGAUACAGUUGACUCUUCACUCUUCAGCACAGUUGAGGGGUGUAUCAGCUUUUUUCACAGUAGAGAGAAAUUUGUUGUGUCUUAAGAUCCAAAAGCAUGUAUAGGACAAAAGCCAGGCUUAUAGUAAAUUUUGUUAUACUAUACAUUAUUUUUGUACUAUGUUAAAUGGAUCCACUCUGCUCUUUCCCAGGGGAAAACUGUGGGUUGAAUCAUAAUUACUAAAUAUUUAAUUGAAAAGAUGUCUUUGAAAUGGAUUUAACAGGUGUUAUUUUUUUUUUUAUUUUGGAAAGUGCUGCUAACAUUUUGGAGAGGUUUGACUUUUUAUGAUUUUUUUCUUCCAUUUUCAUAUAUAAUAUCAAAAUCAGGUAUUAUAUUAACAUAAUUUAUUGAAGUUAGAUUACUCUGAUUUGAAUUAAAAUCUCUUUGGACAUGAACAUGUUAAGAACUAAAAACAUCUGUGUGUAAUGCUCUCGGUGAUUGCACUAGUUCUCUCAUAGACUUUCUGCAUUCAUCCAUUAAAUAGGAAAUAACUGAAAUCUCAAAACCCCCAGUUACACAUAGAAUUUGAUUUUUUUGUUUGUUUGUUUGUUUUCUUUUUUUGUAAUUUACUAUUUUAGAAUUGGGAAUAAAUUUCUACCUUUAAAAAUAAUGUAGUAAAUGGAACAAGUUUCCUAGGGCAGUAUUCCCAGAGAUCACAUCAUUCUCGUCAUCUGGAGAAAGGGAGGCGUUGUCUGAUUUUGGAUCACUGUUGACAGCUACAUCACUCGACACCAGAGAAACCCACAGAGAAGAGAAUUUCCAAGGGAAUUUAUACACUGCAACGUCACUGAGCCUCUCAUGCAGUUUCUGUUUUGGUGAUGAUGUUUUGAAAAAAGAGUAUAUUGCUAAAUUAAUAUGUUACUAUACCGUCACCACAAUAAUAUAGAAAUACACUCAUGUCUUACAUCUCUUUCUGCAUCUUAAAGUUUUCCCACUUAUUAUUUGCCUUUGUCCCAAUUUCCUCACUUAUUUUCAUUUUAAUAUGCAGUGCUGGUGUUUUAUAAGCUACCAUGAUCACUUGGGAAUGAAAUAGGGACAAGUAAAUAUUUUCAAAGUGUAAUAAAUCUUAAUUUUGACAAAACUGUAAGCCAUUAUCAGAGGUAGCAUAAAGCAUUGUGGAGGAUAAAAUUGUUAUGGUUCUCCCACCAUUAAUUAAACAAUUGUACAUUUUUAAGAGUAACUAUACUAACUAUAUACCUAUCUAUGAGUCGGAAUCAACUUGACGGCACUGGGUUUUGGAUGGGUAUACUAAAAAAAAAAAAUUUUUUUUUAUACUAUUAAAAAAAUAAUAAUUUUUUUUUUUUUAUACCUGUUACUGCAAAUGCGCCUUUGCCCCCAGCUGGGUCUAGACUAGUUUAUGGAGACCUGUCUUGUCCAUUUUGACCUUCCUUGUGAGCCAGCUCUCUCAACACUGGAACUUUCUUCAACCUGCUUCAUGUCUAAACCAACAAAUGCUGUCCCCCAAGGAUUUGUUCAUGAAGUAGUAUCAUAUUGUUGCUCAGAAAGCUUUUAUGGGUUGAUGAACCAUAGACAUGCUUUUCUCAUAUUAUAUAUAUGUAGUUUGGGAGAGGAUGAAAAACUUCUAAAACAAUAGAAACAGUAUUGGCAGGGGGACUUUGGGUUAGCAUGCUAGGGUAAUUUUUAAAAAGAUGUGUCAUGCCCACCUCCCCUCUUUUCCUCAGUUUACUUAAUAUUAGAAGGUAUGCCUUUUAGAAUGUGGCUCUAUUUUAGAGACUAGUGACCUGUUAUGAAUUUACAUUAAAUUGUAGUAAUUGAGAUGUAUUUCAUGUUAAUGGAAUUGUUAAGAAUACAGUCAAGGCACAGUUCUUAAUAUCUAGGCAGAUUCAAACAUCUUUUCUCAAGUAUCCCCUUAUUAAGAAAAUGAAUUAAAUGUAGAGAUAUAUAGAUACACAGAAAUAUGUUCAUGUUGUGAGGUGGUACAGUACUAAUAAUAGCUCCUGCAAGUAUUAUUUAUGUAAAGAUAUUAUGUUGUGCAGCUCAAAUGAAAAGCUUCGCAAAUUACAAAAAACCAUGGUAGUAUUUUUAAAUUAUUUAAAUUACUGUGAAAAAGACAUCUAAGAGGAAGCGAGGAGACCUGAGUCCUAGCCUUUCUUCACUGAACUGUGACCUUCAGCAAGUCAACCUUUUAACUCUGUGCUCUCUUCAUCUUGGAAAUGAAGGCAAUGCCUGGGAGAUUGUUGAUUGCAUCAUGCCUGGGGUCUUAAAAGCUUGCAAGCAGCCAUCCAAGUAUUUGACAUUUUUUCAACAAUGGAAAGGGCAGUUUCACCUGGUUCAAUCUAAUAUAAAGACAUCUGUUGCCAACAUAUUGACUGCUUUGAGGGACUGACUGAUCCCUCCUGAUAACAUGUCCAAAGUAUGUGAGACAAAGUCUCACCAUCCUCGCUUCAAAGGAGCAUUCAGGCUUUACUAGAUGCUCACUGAGGAUGUCAGUUUCUUUGUGUGGGAAGUAGAUAUUGAAGGUUGUGUGGUUUACAAACAAGAUCUUUAAAAGUUUAACACUUAAGAUUCUUCUCAUCUACCUGCUGAGAGACAACUAGAGGAAAGAGCCCUGAACUUGGAGAUGAUAAGAAGAAUUGGUUUCUCUUGUUUGCUCUGCCCCUUACUGGCUGUAACUGGACCAAGGAAAUAAAUAGCAGAAACCAAGAGCACAGGAUAUUUUCCUUCAUCAGUCCGUAGAACACUGAUGUUUCUCUAAUUCCAUCAAACACAGAAGAAUGACCACCUUGGUGAAUGGCCACAGAGGAUGUCAACAACUCUUUUGAGAGAGAAGAGGUACUCCCUUACAAGGACUCCUAAAGGCAUAGAGCAUCUGAAGAUUUCCUGCCUCCACUACGUUGCUGGAUCUCACAAGUCUUGUUAUGUUUUCACCAGUUUCUCUCCAGAAGGCUAUAUUAUUGGAAUUUUGAAGACAUGAAAACAUCAGAGGAACCAGCCUGCAACACCCUGAACUCAGAUUGGAAGAUAGAGAGAAAGUUUAAAGAAUGUGGCCAAUAAAGACGGGUAGUACCUGGAAAUAUUAACUGACUCACACUGUAAAAAUGAGAUUGGUUUCUAAACAAAAGAGGUUAUUUUAGGCCACCAUCAAAGUUCAAGACAAAAUGUUGAAAUAAAAACUUUACACUCCCCCUCCUUCCCACUUCAGGCAGGUACCAGCAUUAAUGAAUUAUGAUUUUCUUUAAUCAGAAGCACUCAUUUUUAUCCAUGUAGACCACCUAUAAGACUUAAAUAUUGGUUAUUUAAUGUAGAUUAAUAAUGAGAAACUGAUUUUUCACAAUGGCAGAUUUUAAGGACUUGGUUCCAAACUGAGCUGAAGCUUCCCAAUGCAUUUUGUACAGUCUGGGAAAAACUGUGCUGCGUCGGCCUAUUUUUGAAGGCCAACAUGCCAUGUAAUAUAAGGAUAUCAUCUUAUUGCUGAUAUCUUUGAAGAGUCCCAAGCAGACACAGAAAAUGAAUGGAGGCAAGGAGUGUGACGGAGGGGACAAGGAUGGAGGUCUUCCAGCUAUACAAGUUCCUGUGGGUUGGCAGCGUCGAGUGGAUCAAAAUGGAGUACUCUAUGUCAGUCCCAGUGGGUCUUUGUUAUCUUGCUUGGAGCAGGUUAAAACAUACCUGCUUACUGAUGGAACAUGCAAGUGUGGCUUGGAAUGUCCUCUUAUUCUUCCCAAGGUGUUUAAUUUUGACCCUGGAGCUGCUGUGAAACAGAGAACUGCAGAAGAUGUUAAAGCAGAUGAAGAUGUCACAAAGCUGUGCAUACAUAAAAGAAAGAUCAUUGCAGUGGCCACCCUUCACAAAAGCAUGGAAGCCCCACAUCCUUCUCUGGUGCUCACCAGUCCCGGAGGAGGAACAAAUGCAACUCCAGUAGUACCUUCUCGGGCAGCAACUCCAAGAUCAGUAAGAAAUAAGUCUCAUGAAGGAAUUACAAAUUCUGUAAUGCCUGAAUGUAAACAUCCUUUCAAGUUAAUGAUUGGAUCAUCGAAUGCCAUGGGAAGGUUGUACGUACAGGAACUGCCUGGGAGCCAGCAACAAGAACUCCACCCCAUCUACCCCCGGCAGAGAUUGGGCAGCAGUGAACAUGGACAGAAGUCUCCAUUCCGUGGCAGCCAUGGAGGCCUGCCCAGCCCAGCGUCAUCAGGAUCCCAGAUAUAUGGAGAUGGCUCAAUCUCUCCAAGGACUGACUCACUUGGAAGCCCUGAUGUUUUCACAAGAAAUAAUCCUGGUUUUCAUGGAGCUCCCAAUUCUAGUCCUAUUCACCUGAAUAGGACUCCACUUUCUCCACCUUCAGUAAUGCUACAUGGUUCUCCUGUACACUCGUCCUGUGCAAUGGCUGGAAGGACUAAUAUACCUCUUUCCCCAACCUUGACUACAAAGAGUCCAGUAAUGAAAAAACCAAUGUGUAAUUUUUCAACUAAUAUGGAAAUACCACGAGCAAUGUUCCACCACAAACCACCCCAAGGCCCACCACCCCCUCCUCCACCUCCUUGUGCUCUUCAGAAAAAGCCAUUAACGUCUGAGAAAGAUCCACUUGGCAUUCUUGACCCUAUUCCUAGUAAACCAGUGAAUCAGAACCCUGUUAUCAUUAAUACAACCAAUUUCCAUUCAAAUGUCCACUCUCAGGUACCUGUGAUGAAUGUAAGCAUGCCUCCUGCUGUCGUUCCUUUGCCAAGCAAUCUCCCUUUGCCAACUGUAAAACCUGGUCACAUGAAUCACGGGAGUCAUGUACAAAGAGUUCAGCAUUCAGCUUCAACCUCCCUGUCCCCUUCUCCAGUGACAUCCCCAGUGCACAUGAUGGGGACUGGAAUUGGAAGGAUUGAGGCAUCCCCCCAAAGAUCACGUUCAUCUUCCACGUCAUCAGAUCAUGGAAAUUUCAUGAUGCCACCUAUAGGACCCCAGGCCACUUGUAGUGGCAUUAAGGUUCCACCCAGGUCACCAAGGUCAACAAUAGGGUCCCCAAGACCAUCAAUGCCAUCAAGCCCUUCUACCAAGUCCGAUGGAUAUCAUCAAUACAAGGAUAUCCCUAAUUCAUUAAUUGCUGGAAUGAGUAAUGUACUAAAUACCCCAGGCAGUGCAGGUUUCCCUACUGCAUCUGCCGGAAGUGGUUCUGUAAAGAGUCAGCCUGGUCUGCUGGGAAUGCCUUUAAAUCAGAUCUUGAACCAGCACAAUGCUGCCUCCUUUCCAGCAAGUAGUUUACUCUCAGCAGCAGCCAAAGCACAGCUAGCAAAUCAAAACAAACUGGCUGGUAACCACAGCAGCAGCAGUAGCAAUUCUGGAGCUGUUGCCGGCAGUGGCAACCCGGAAGGACAUAGCACUUUAAACACCAUGUUCCCUCCUGCUGCCAACGUGCUUCUCCCAACAGGUGAAGGGCAAAGUGGCCGAGCAGCGCUAAGAGAUAAGCUGAUGUCUCAGCAAAAAGACUCAAUGCGGAAAAGGAAACAACCACCCACCACAGUGUUGAGCUUGCUCAGACAGUCUCAAGGGGAUAGUUCUGCAGUUCCUAAACCUGGACCUGACUUGCUAAGGAAGCAGGGUCAGGGUUCGUUUCCCAUCAGUUCAAUGUCUCAAUUACUACAGUCUAUGAGUUGUCAAAGCUCUCACUUGAGUAGCAAUAGUACCCCGGUGUGUGGGGGCUCAAACACUGCUUUGCCUUGCUCUGCUAACCAGCUGCAUUUUACAGAUCCCAGUAUGAACUCCAGUGUUCUUCAGAAUUCACUGACACAGAACAUACCUUUAAGAGGGGAAGCCGUGCACUGCCACAAUGCAAACACUAACUUUGUUCACGGUAACAGUCCAGUCCCAAACCACCAUCUUGCAGGUUUAAUAAAUCAGAUUCAGGCUAGCGGGAACUGUGGGAUGCUCAGUCAGUCGGGCAUGGCUUUAGGAAAUUCAUUACAUCCCAACCCACCUCAGUCAAGAAUUUCAACGUCCUCCACUCCAGUGAUACCAAACAGCAUUGUUAGCAGCUAUAAUCAAACAAGUUCUGAAGCAGGCGGUUCAGGACCAUCAUCUUCCAUAGCUAUAGCUGGCACCAAUCAUCCUGCCAUCACAAAGACAACAUCUGUUCUUCAAGAUGGCGUCAUAGUCACCACUGCGGCUGGAAAUCCACUGCAGAGUCAGCUGCCCAUUGGGAGUGAUUUUCCUUUUGUUGGCCAGGAGCACGCACUUCAUUUUCCAUCCAACAGCACGUCCAACAACCAUCUUCCACACCCCUUGAACCCCAGCCUCCUCAAUUCUCUACCUAUCUCUUUGCCAGUGAAUCAACAGCAUCUCUUAAACCAGAAUCUAUUAAAUAUCCUCCAGCCUUCAGCAGGAGAAGGCAAGUCUGAGAUCAACCUCCACCCUUUAGGUUUUUUCAACCCAAAUGUAAACGCUGCUUUAGCUUUUCUCUCCGGUGACCUGGAUGGGCAGGUAUUACAGCCUGUUCACUUUCAGCUCUUAGCAGCCCUGCUUCAGAACCAAGCCCAAGCAGCUGCCAUGCUUCCCCUGCCUUCUUUCAAUCUGACCAUCUCAGAUCUUUUGCAACAGCAAAAUACCCCUUUACCCUCAUUAACACAGAUGACAGCCCCACCAGACCAUUUGCCAAGCAAUCAGUCAGAGAACAGCCGAGCUGAGACCCUUUUAACCAGCCCCCUGGGGAAUCCUUUACCAAUCUUUGCAGGCAGUGACACUACUUUUAACCCCCUGUUCCUCCCAGCUGUCACUGGGGCCUCAGGAUUAAUGGCCUUGAAUCCCCAGCUGUUGGGAGGUGUCCUGAACUCGGCAUCGGCCAACACGGCUAAUCAUCCAGAGGUUUCCAUAGCAACCUCCUCCCAGGCAACCACUACCACAACCACUACAUCAUCAGCAGUGGCAGCACUGACUGUCUCAACACUUGGUGGGACAGCAGUGGUGUCAAUGGCAGAAACAUUGCUGAAUAUAUCUAAUAAUGCUGGGAAUACACCUGGUCCAGCUAAACUCAACAGUAACUCUGUGGUGCCACAGCUACUUAACCCUCUACUGGGGACAGGUCUGCUUGGUGACAUGUCCUCAAUAAACAAUAUGAAUAACCAUCAACUGACUCAUCUACAGUCGCUGUUAAACAACAAUCAGAUGUUCCCUCCAAAUCAGCAACAGCAGCAGCUUCUCCAAGGGUACCAAAAUCUCCAGGCAUUUCAAGGACAGUCCGCAAUUCCUUGUCCAGCAAACAAUAACCCUAUGGCAUGUCUGUUUCAGAACUUCCAGGUGAGAAUGCAGGAAGAUGCAGCUCUCCUAAACAAAAGAAUAAGCAGUCAGCCUGGGCUCACAGCACUUCCAGAGAAUCCGAACACUACACUUCCACCUUUCCAAGAUACACCUUGUGAGUUGCAGCCAAGGAUUGACCCACCUCUUGGUCAGCAAGUGAAGGAUGGCCUCGUCGUGAGUGGCCAAGGCGAUGCUUCUGUAGAUGCCAUUUACAAAGCAGUUGUUGAGGCAGCCAGCAAAGGAAUGCAGGUUGUCAUCACCACUGCAGUCAACAGUACAACUCAGAUUAGUCCCAUUCCAGCUCUGAGUGCCAUGAGUGCCUUCACUGCCUCGAUUGGUGAUCCAUUAAAUCUCUCCAGUGCUGUCAGUGCGGUCAUUCAUGGACGAAACAUGGGAGGUGUAGAUCAUGAUGCUAGGCUGAGGAGUACAAGAGGGGCUCGGCUGCCCAAAAAUCUGGACCAUGGGAAGAACUCAAAUGAAGGAGAUGGGUUUGAGUAUUUCAAGUCAGCAAGUUGCCACGCAUCCAAAAAACAGUGGGACGGGGAGCAAAGCCCUGGAGGAGAGCGAAACAGGUGGAAGUGCGAGGAGUUUUUAGAUCAUCCAGGCCAUAUCCAUAGUAGUCCUUGUCACGAAAGGUCCAACAAUGUCUCUACACUGCCAUUUUUGCCUGGGGAACAGCACCCAAUAAUGUUACCACCAAGAAACUGUCAAGGGGAUAAAAUUCUGGAAGAAAAUUUCAGGUAUAAUAACUACAAAAGAACUAUGAUGAGUUUUAAGGAGAGACUAGAGAACACUGUGGAAAGAUGUGCACACAUUAAUGGGAACAGACCUCGACAAAGUCGGGGCUUUGGAGAGCUGCUGAGCACUGCAAAGCAAGACCUAGUCCUAGAGGAGCAGUCUCCAAGUUCCUCAAAUAGUUUGGAAAGUUCUCUGGUCAAAGACUAUAUCCAUUACAAUGGAGACUUUAGUUCCAAAACCAUUAAUGGGUGUGUGCCCAGCCCUUCAGACGCUAAAAGCAUUAGUAGUGAAGAUGACCUAAGGAAUCCAGACUCCCCUUCUUCAAAUGAGUUGAUACAUUAUAGGCCAAGGACGUUCAACGUUGGCGACUUGGUCUGGGGCCAAAUCAAAGGACUGACUUCUUGGCCUGGAAAAUUAGUAAGAGAAGACGACGUUCACAAUUCAUGUCAACAAAGCCCCCAGGAAGGGAAGCAAUGUUGGAUAAAUGAAGUCUUGUGGAUUAAUAACCAGACUUCUGCUUUUAAAAAGGUGGAGCCCGAGAAGUUGAAGACACUAACAGAAGGUUUGGAAGCCUACAGCAGAGCCCGGAAAAGGAACAGAAAAAGUGGAAAGCUAAAUAACCAUUUAGAAGCUGCUAUUCAUGAGGCCAUGAGUGAACUGGACAAAAUGUCUGGGACUGUUCACCAAAUCCCACAGGGAGACAGACAAAUGAGACCCCCCAAACCCAAGAGGAGGAAGAUCUCCAGAUAACAGGGACUACUCCACUAAUGCGCAGUGUUUAUCAAAUGGAACGUGCACAGAUAUGUCUGUAUAUAGGUAUUGAUAUAGCCACGGUUAGAUCAAUAUUUAUACUAUGGCAGAGAGCUACCACCACCACAGGGUGCUAAAAGAAACAGUGAUAGAAUAUUUUUUGAUCAGGAAGGAUAAUGAAUGCUGGAAAAAAUGAAUCAAAAAUCCCUGAAAGAUGAUAGUUGUGGAUGGUCAAGAGAUUACUGAGAAACUCUUUUUCUAUGAUACUAAAAUUGUGAUUAUAAGAAAUAGUCCAAAUGUUUCUGAAGAAUUUUCAAUGUUGUAUAUAGAAAAUACAGAAUUUCAUGGUGAUAUCAGAAAUGUAAAUAUUGUACAAUAUUGUCAUGUACAAGCAUACCUAAUGCACACUUUAUCUUUUAUUGUACAAAGAAAUAGUGUACAAAAUUCUUUGGUUUCUAUUGAGUACACUUACCAGAGACUACCAGUGUAAAGUGAUAAAUAAAAAUACAACCUAAAUGCUUUUCUAUGAUAACGUAAAAGAUGCUGUUUUUGUAUUUAACAGCAGAGAAAAGGCAUGAUGCUGUAAUACCUGAAUUAUGACAUACACUUCAUACCACUGAGUGUUCAUUUAUAUUGUCUGUUUGGAAUGAACUUGCCUGGAAGCACUGGACUCGAUUUCGGGUGUCUAGGAAAUUGCGACCUUACCAAUUUCUAAAGGGAUGAGGGCUCACAGGUCUAAAUUAAGAAUUCAGAAACUGCAACCAUUUGUUGCAUAUUUUUUUUACCUAAGUUUUAAAGUAGUAUAGGUUUUAUAAAAAAAAGAAAAAAAUCCUAGAUGUAAUAUUUUAUUCAGCCAUUUCUGUAGGUAAUGUGUCAUAGCCACCUGGUGAGCUAGAUUGCCUAUCCUGCACCACCAUUGAUGAUCAGAAUUGAAUUAUGUGGCAAACUAUAUCUGACAAGGUAAAACCUUCUGUUUGCAUACAUGGAGGCAAAAGCCCCGUGGAAACCAGUAACAGAGUUGAGGUUGAUUAUGAUUCUUUUUUUUUUUUUUUGUAGUGGCAAAAAUAAAUACGAAUUAUGACAGCAAUUUUCAUAUCCAUUCAUCAGUAUUACUUAAACCAGAAGUUAAGGUGGCUUGUAAGAACUAUUAGCAGUGGUAAUUUUUAUCAGUAUUAUGUAACAUACCAGAUUUAUUUUAUUUAAAGAAUUAUUUGUACCAUUAGCAGAUUCUCAUAUAUAUUAAUGUGGCUGAAAUGUGCAGGUUAACUCUAUUAACCAAAUUAUUUAUAUUAUAUUAAGUAAAAAAAAAAAUGUGAAACAAAUCUAGAGAAAAAAUAAUACAUUACACGUAGACAAACCUAAAACUGUGAGCCAUUGUAAAGUACAAGGUAAUUAAUAAGAAAUGUAGCACAACAUCAUUUUCUGUCUUUUUUUUCACCAUGUGGUGGUGGUAUAACCUUAUCUCCCAGGCAGUGAAGCAUAGUUGCAGGCCUCCAGCCUGACUCAGUUGAUGGAUCGUCAAAAGAAAGGAUUCAUUAUCCCUUUAUUCUUGGAACCACCAGCCCCCACCUUAAACCCCUAGUGAGUGCUGCCUUACCCUCUAGCCUGGGCCUCACUCAGCAGUGUAAUGCCGGUGCUGCUGGGAGGCAUCCAAUAGCAAGCUCUCAACCCCCCAGUGCCCACCACCUCCAGGCCUCCUCCUCUCUCAACUGCCCCAAACGCCUCAGUCCCGUGAUGUAGCAGAGUUCCAGUAACUCAGGAAAAAGAGACCAAGGUCAUUCCUCAAGAUGGCUUCUUGGGGCCACAGCACAGAGCGCGCCACCUGGGCUCACUUUUGAUAGCAACAGCUCUUAAUUCUUCUUCAUCUCCUGCGUCUCCCUCUCCUUUCCAUUCCCACCCUCACCCCUACUUAGCCCUAAGCCAGAUGGAAUGCAACUGGCUACACUAGGCUUCAUGGCCUGGAGGCAGGGAUCCUUCCUUCUGGGGAUAGACUCAUUUUGUCUUUCCUGCAAUGGCGGGACUGCCUCCCACGGUCCUUCGUGCAGUCACUUUUGUGUAAUUUACUUGACACAUUUUUGUUACAAGUUGAUGCGUUUGGUAUGUUUCGAUCAUUAAUGUUGUCCUUUAUUUAUUUAUUUAUUCAUUUUUGCAUCAAUCUGCUUUUCGACUGGUUUGUCUACAUGGUUGUUUUUAUUCACAGAUACACUCGUGUGUUGGGGUGUGUCUGUGUGUGUGUGCGUGUGUAGUUUUGUUUUGGUUUUGUUUUAGUCUUUUCUGUCUUCAGACAGAGUUUGUGUAGACCAAGGCUUCUUUGGGAUAUUUUAAGCUAGUUAAGUUGGACCUCCCCACCAAUGUAUACUUUACAUCGGUAGACCAUGUAAAGUACGUUCAUGCCCAUGAUUUCACUGGUCGCUUAUGGCUUGAUGUGGGUGCUAGGUGUAGUUUCAGUCCACAAGGGCUUUUUUUUUUUUCUUUUCUCUUUAUUUUACAGUUUUAUGAUUUCAUGUAAGCAAUUAAUUCAAAUAUUGUUAGCAUUACAGGUCAUGCAGUGCUGUAACAUUUUUUAAAAUGUUGCACCUACUUUACAAUUGAAAAAAUUGGUCACUCGUACUUGAAUUUUGCCCAGAGAGCUGUUUCUUUCUCUUUGUAUUAAAGCUAAUUCACUUAUUUUAAAAAAUGAAGGCCAGCCCUUCCUCUUUAGUUAAUUUUUUAUUCCCUUAAAAAAAAAGUCUUUUUAUUUUUUCAAAAACAAGUCCAAGAAUGGAAACAAAAUGAAAAAAAUUUGUUCCUUUGAAGAACAUAAUAGUCCCCCUGCUGGAAAAGGAAAUGUAUUCUAUUUUUUGUCCUCUUCACAGUCCUAGGAAGCACAAGGAGAAUCAGCUAUACCUUUAAGUAGAUUUUCAGUAUCGUUUCAAAUGAGUGAGAAAUCACUGAGCAGCUCUUGUGUGAUUUGUCUUAUUUGUACCAUUAAAAGCAGUCUGGGGCUUUUCUUUAUUUUAAGGAACAUUUUUGGUUUGUACUUUUCAGUCCCAUUGUGAAUGAAAACGCUUUAAGGAGCAUAUUUACCCCUCAUGAUAUCAUGGGCCACUUUUUUAUUUGGACUGUACCUUUGAGUUAUUUAUUUACUAUGUCAGUUUUUUUAAGUAAACACAGCCUUUUUAUUUAAACAGAACCUUGCAGCAGAUUGUGGGAGGAGCUGAGGGUGAUUAUUUCACUUUCUGUAAAUUUUAUGAAGACUUUCAACUAAGCUGCCCCACGAGAUUAUUCUUUUUUCAUUUCAGACCCUGAUAACACAUUGUGGUUAACUUUGGUAAUUUUCCAUGCAGUUUGCAGUGUUCCCUUGCAAGUCACAAGUUUGCAUUAAGAUUGUAAAAUCUAAGAUGUUUAAGAUGCUGGUGACAUUGGCUUUCUGAGAGGGGCGGGGGGAAGCUAAGAUUCUAGACCUUACCUAAAAUCUGGCCUCUUGUUUACUUUGCCUCUUCGUGCCCAGAUGCUAUAAUGCGAGACUCAAGACUUUCAAUGUAGCAUGUGAGGUGAGUUGUGCAUCAUUUGGGGGCUGUGAACAAAAAAUGUCACCAGCCAGACCUGUAAUCGUGAAUUAGCUUAUCUUUUUCUUUCAUUUACUCUAUCAUGUUUGCAUUAGCCAAAGAAAUAAGAACAUUAGUAAUCCAUCUGUGUAAACAAUCCGGAAGUGAGUAUUAAAUCAGUGAGCCAAAAAGCAAUAAACAACUCAAGCAUGGGAAAUCCUGCUAACAGUGAGGAGUCUGAUAUAGAAACAAAUAUAUAAAAAGCAUUAUCUUCAAAUAUGAAAGAUUAAUUUGUAUUUAUUGUAAAUAUGUAUUAUCAGCCUUAUCUGCUUUUAUACACACUGUGUGUGUACCUCAGUGACCUUUUAUAAACCGUAAAAAUGGUUGACUUAAUAACUUGUUAUGUAAAUACAAAGUUGUCUAUAAAUUGGAAAAUUUGAUGCCACAUGGCUUCACAAUAUACAAAUGUGUUUUGUAACAUCAUGCCUUUAUGGAUUAAGUAUAAAUACACUGGAUUGUCUGUGUAGAAGAGUAGCAGUUUACAUUUCACCCGCAUUUCAAAUGAAUAUUUUUGUCCAAAUGGUUAUACUCUUAGGAAAAGAAAAUGACCUGAACAUUUUCACUGUGAAAAAUAUGGUUUUGAUUUCACCAAAACUCCUUUUCAAAUUCAAGAGUCUAUUUAAUUCCAUGCCAAGUGCUUUGCUUAUGAGGUUUCUAUAGGGGAUUCAUUGAUCCAGGACUGGGAUCUUACGAGGAAGACUCCCUAUACUGAGUUAUUCUACUUUAGAGAGAGACUAUGAAUCUUUCUAGUCACAGACAGAAGAACCUCAGCCUUCUUAUUGUUCUUUAACUUAACCUUCUGCUUUGUUUCCACACAUCUUAGAAAGUACCACACAGAUAAGCAGGUCCAAGGUCUUAUGAAAGGAGCCCUGGUGGUAACCGAAAGGUCAGUGGUUCAAACCCACCAGACACUCCUCCAGAGUAAAGACCUGGAGAUCUACUCCCAUAAAGAUUUUAGCCUAGGGAACUCUAUGGGGCAAUUCUACUCUGUCCUAUAGGGUCGCUAGGAGUCAGAAUUGACUUGAUGGUACACAACAACAACAGGUCUUGUGAACCAAGGCGGCUACAGAGUGUCACCUCAAUGUAGAAUUUCUCAGUCUCAGCACUACUGACAUUCUGGGCUGGAUCAUUCGUUGUUGCAGGUAUUGUCCUAUGCACUGUAGGAUGUUAACACCGUUCCUGGCCUCUACCCACCAAAUGCCAUUAGCUGCUUCGCAAGUCGUGAGAAUA